CCCCCAGAUUGCAGCCUUGCAAAUUGGUGUGACAGACACACAACUAUGCAACAAAAUGAAAUUGAUUUUCGAAAAGAAAAGCUGCACUUUCAACAUGUCCACGCGGCCUGAAUCAUAGCCACGUUAAUAAGGUUUUUAAUAAACCAAAACGUUUUUAAAUCCGUCCAGAUUUCAGCGAGUUAAGUGUAUUUUUGUUUGUGUAGGUCGCUCACCUUCCAUCCACUACUGUUGAGUGCGCGGGAGGAGUGCCCCUAGGUAAGAUGGCCGCUCGGUGACGACGCGGGUAAAAGUCCCAUCGUCCAUCUAGUCUUUCUAUAUAUCUAUGCUCUUCACUGCCUGAACUGUCGCUAAACUUUCACUUUGCUGUCUGCAGCCUCGCUCUUGUUUGGAAGGUGACGCGGUAUCCCUCUCUCCGUAAACAGAUAAGGCCUCGACAUUUUUACUCUUUUUUGGCUUCGGUAGCUUUUUUUUUGUUGAUGUAACAGUCAGCUACGAGUUUUCCUCAAUUUCACCGUUGGUGAGUGUGUUUAAUCUGCUAAAAUAAGUAUGUGUGGUCAAAUUUUUGGUGUUCUUUAUCUUCGUAGUGGAUUAAAAUCCUGUUUGAGUCAGUGAUAAUAAAAUUCUGACAGGUUAAAACACAGAUAGGCCUGUAUUUAGAAGACGUAAUCAUCUCUGUGGAUUAGAGGGUCAUUUUCACAGGUAAACAGGUCUGAGAUCAGGUACAGUAAGUUUUAAGUAGGACAAAAGUGUAACGGUGCAGCAGUAAUUGUCUAAAUUUAAAUUAAAGUGCUGCCACAAACUGGUUUUAAGAUGACAAUACGGAAGUGAUCUAUAUGUAACGAACAUGGCGGCUGUCUGUGCUGUUAAUGGGGGGGGGGGGGGGGGGCGACGCUGGUAUAACCAAGAUUCACUGGAUGACACCAGAUUUUAGAGAUUUUACCCCCUGACUCCACAUUUCACUGAAUAUACACGGCCCUUAAGAUUAUACCUUUUUAUUGACUCAACGUUACUGCCAGGACACUAAGCUUUUGAGUAAUCAAGAAAGAAACAAAAGCACUGAUUGUUCAGAAUAACAACAGUGAGGUCUAUUGUGCAGCUCUCUCUCCGUCUUUCUCUUUCUCUCUCUAGGUUGUUAGUAUGACUCGAGAUGAGUAAAAACUUGUGGCCUUUCCCACAGGUGGUGUCUCUAGUGUCUGAAAGUGGGGGCUCUGUGAUGGAUCAAUGUGAGGACAAAGGAGAGGUCCUCCUCCUAUCUGAUGGGAGUCUGAAUGAGAGAGACAAAUCUCAGAGGUGAGACCAAGCUGUCUGACUUUGAUUUAGGCUACGUUCACACUGCAGGUUAUGAUGCACAAUUCGGAUUUUUUGUUAAAUCCGAUCUUUUUGUGCAGUUGUUGGCAUUACAACAACGAAUGUGGCAUCUAAUGUGAACAGAAUGCGUCCGUGGAGUGACCCGCAUGCGCACAAAGCAGGACUUGACUUUCUGUCACGUCGAACCUUCCGUUCCCUCGUCCGCCAUUGCUUUCCGCACCUGUUUGUGUUGUCGAACAAUGGUGACAUUUGUUGCAUAUUGAUGACAUAUAGGUCAGAUGAACGCGACCUGAGCGUCCACACUGCAGUCACAUCGGAUACAUAUCCGAUUUAUAUCCACAUACAAAAGAGGCCUGGGUUGGAUUUGAAAAAAUCAGAAUUGCACUGUUCACCCUUACAUGAAAAAAAUCAGAUAUGUGUCACAUAUGGUUAAAAAAUUGGAAUUGACCUGCAGUGUGAACAUAGCCUUAGAAACCUGUUAUAAAAUCUUCCAGAUUCCUUCUCCCAAAUUCAGAGUCUUUCAGUUUUAUUUCUCUGAACUCUGUGGUUUAUGAUGCAGCCACAUUUUUUUCACCCAAACAGGUGAUCAUGGGACACAGGUUAUUCAAAAAGUUGAGAAUAUUCAAGAUUUGAAGAGUUUUUAUGUCAUGUUAAUGCAGGCAAAGCAGGUGUCAAAUUAAAAGAUAAUCUUGUUUGGUAAUUAUGACAUCAAUAUCAAUCUCAAUCAUAAAUAUCAAUCAUUAUACGCUGAUUUAGAGUUUGACCAGAUUCACAGACUUCACACUUCAGCUUAUCACUCACCACACACCUUAUUAUGACUCUGCAUCACACACUCUCUCAAUAGCAGGUAGCGCCUCUCUCUUGAUCACUGAACAGAGCACACAUUUAACUAAACUCAUACAUCAACCGAGCCUUUUCUAUACACACUCAGAUGGACUAACUGGAGCCUCAGCAGACUCUAGACUUAGUUUUACUCUUAUCAUUUAGCUCAACUGGUUUGAAAAAUGACCGGGUGGCAGGGAAAACUCAGAGUUUUUUUAUAAACCACACCUACCUUUUAGCAAGUUCCUCUAAAUCCUGUUUUUACUCUUUUUAAUCAUAAUGACAACAGAAACGACCCAAAUGACCCUGAUCCAAAGUUUACAUACCCCAGUUCUUAAUACCAUAUAUUGCCUCCUUUAAAAUCAAUGACAGCUUGAAGUCUUGUAGUAGUUGUGGAUAAGGUUCUUUAUUUCUUAGCUGCCCAUUUUUCUUGGCAAAAAGCCCCCAAUUACAGUAAAUUCUUGUGGUGUACUCUAGGACCUUCACUUUACUCUGCUGUAGCCAAUGUCAGGUCAACUUGGCCUUUUGUUUUGGAUUGUUUUCUUGUUAGUACAUCCAAGUACAUCCCAUGCGCAGCUUCUGGGCUGAUCAGUGCAAAUUUUCCUCCAGUAUUUUCUGAUAACAUGCUGCAUUCAUCUUUCCAUCAAUUUUGACCAAGUUUCAUGUGUCUUACUCCCCGCCCAAAGGCAGACGUAUGAGGCUAUCAACUAAUCGCACAUUGACCCAUUAAAACAACAAGAACACAUCUUCAAAAGUUCAUCUUGUGAUUUAUUGUAACUGAAGAUAACAAAUUGAAUAAUUCACCAAGAUUAACUAAAGAACAAAUUAACAAGACAAACUCCAAGAAUUCAAAACACAAAUGAGAGGCAGCAGUUCCCCAUCAAAUGCUUCUGCAGUCUGCAAGGAGCUCCGAGCCUUUAAACCCUCUGGAGCAGGUGAAGCUGAUUGCCAAUCAUUGGGGUUGGGUAUCAAGUCCCGAGCAUCGAUGGGGACCGAGACUGACAUUCCGAUUCCCACAGCGGCGGCAGUCAAAAGUUUGGCUAACAUUAGCAGGAAGAAAACUCUUAUCUCAAUGCAACAUUAGCAACACAGUUAGAUCAUGCAAAGGAGGGUGAAUGACCAACAUGAUCAAACACCUUAGGAUUCAUGGAGGAGAAAUACCUGGGUGCUUGUCUUUGACCGCUUCGCCGGUGUUGUGUCGUAGAAUUAGGGUUGGGCAUCGUUUGAUUUUGAACGAUUCCUAUCGAUUCUCUAUUUCGAUUCUUUUAAAAGGCAGGAUAUCAAAAAAAAAAAAAAAACAUGGUUUAAGUGAGGGCGCUAACCGGAACUCUUCUUUUUGGAUGAAAUUUCUGAACUUCUCCAUGAAUUUUCAAAUUCUAUUAACUUUUUAAGACCUUUACUAUGAAUUUCUCACAGGGCUAUUUUCAACCAGUAUACAAAUAUAAAUUCUUGUCGUCAGGUCGUUUGUCUAUGAAAAAGUACAAGGGCUAACGUUAGGUAGAUAUUUAAGUUUACUCACCGUACACAGUACAAUUUGUUUACCGCUUCAAAGUUAGCAGAGGACAGAAGUAAUUUAUUGUUUCACUUAUCUGAUCCUGACUGGUUAGCGGAAGACAGGUGUUGUGCUGUAGAAUGCACCCCUGCUGUAGAAUGCCUCCCCUUCACUCAUUUGCUUCUGAAAGUGGAAGACAAUGAUCUCGUAUUUAAAAAAAAACAUGAGUAUUAGAUCAUGAAAACAUGUCAAAUGGAGCAGUAAACUUUCGUUUUGUUUUUAUGUGUCUCAAAAAUGCACACAUAGAGGUGUACUUGGGUAUAUAAACUGUACAGUAAGCUGUUAAGGUAGAGAACAUUAUAUUUUCGGGACAGUAAAUAUUCCGAAUCAGAGGGUUAUUGUUUUCGGCAUAUCUGAAUAGCCUGAAUGAAAUCAUUAAAGGCACAGGCUUUAGAUUCAGUUCAACGGUAAGAAAAACUUGAAUUGUUUCGCCUUGUUGUGUACUUUUAACCGCGCUCCGGUCAGGGGUGCAUUCAACGGCAGGGGUGCAUUCUGAGGGACAACACCGGCGAAGCGUGUCAAAGACAAGCACUCGGGUAUUUCUCCUCCAUGAAUCCUGAGGUGUUUAAUCAUGUUGGUCGUUUACCCUCCUUUGCAUGAUAUAACUGUAUUGCUAAUGUUGCAUUGAGAUAAGAGUUCAUUCUUCCUGCUAAAGUUAGCCAAACUUUUGACCAACGAAGAAGAAGCCGCCAAACACCAACGAGGACGGAGCAUAUGAGACGAAGCCACAGAGAGAGAAGUGAGACAGAGAGUGAGAGAGUGCAUUGUAACCCACAGCGGCUGCAUUGCUGUGGGUUGCAAUGUACUUUCUCUCUCUGUCUCUCUUCACUUAAUAUGUGGCUUCGUCUCAUAUGCUCCGUCCUCAUUGGUGUUAAGUGGCUUCUUCUUCGUUGAUUUUCAGCUGCUAUUUCUUCCGGUCGGCGGACUCUGGCAUCGAAACUUGGAAUCGAAAUUUUAAUAUUUGAACAAUACCGGAAGAAUUGAAAUGUUAGUCCCGGUCCCCAUCGAUACUCGAUUCUCGAUACCCAACCCUACGUAGAAUGCACCCGUGCCAUAGAAUGCACCCCUGACGGAAGCGCGAUUGAAAGUAUUUAACUGGGCGAAAUAAUCCAAGUUUUCCUUACCGUUGGAUGGAUUCCAAAGCGUGUAAUGAUUUCAUUCAGGCUAUUCAGAUAAGCCGAAAACGAUAGCCCUCUGAUUCAGAAUAUUUGCUGUCUCGAAAAUAUAAUGUUCUCUACCUCGACAGCUUACUGUACAGUUUAUACACCCAAGUACACCUCUAUAUGUGCACUUUUGAGACACAUAAAAACAAAACGAAAGUUUGCUGCUCCAUUUGACAUGUUGUCAUGAUCUAAUACUCAUGUUUUUUUAAAUAUGAGAUCAUUUUAUUCCACUUUAAGAAGCUAAUGGGUGGAGGGGAUGCAUUCUACGGUAUAACACCGGUCCUCCGCUAACCAACCAGAAUCAGAUAAGUGAAACAAUAAAUUACUUCUGUCUUCUGCUAACAUUGAAGAGGCAAACAAAUUGUACUGUGUACGGUGGGUCAACUUAAAUAUCCAACUAAAGUUAGCCCUUGUGCUUUUUCAUAGACAAACGACCUGACAACAAAAAUUGAUAUUUAUAUACUGGUUGAAAAUAGCCCUGUGAGAAAUUUAUAGUAAAGUUCUUGAAAAGAUUAAAGAUUCAGUCAUAUUAACAUUUCAUACAUAAAAUAAAGCCCUAAAAAAUAAAAUAUAUUUACAUGAGAACAAAAUAUGUACUUCCCUGUCUAAUCGUUUUUAAUUUAAAAAGCUUUGAAUCAACUUCAGACAUUAAAAAAAAAAAGUACACCUGACAUAUUUGCUUUUAUUUUGAAAGGCUUCCUGUCAACUUCCAGUCCUCUCAGUGGAGGUGGGUCCUCACAGUGGUCUGCAGCCAGACUGUCUUGGACAUCUUUGUUGGUUUACCUGACCAUGGUUUGGUUUCAACAGAAUGCUUUUUAAUGCUUGUAAAAGAGGCAAUGGUUUAACUGGACUCCAUACCUGUGACCUCAAUAAAACUGAAUUUGCUGGUGAUGUAAUAGAUGGAGUUAGCACAGGUUGUCAGGUCGGCACAGGUUGUCAGGUCAGAACAAUGAAUGAUGGCAAAAUGACUCACUCUCUUCCAAUUUCCACUCUUUAUUGUUUGUUUGAUGAUCCUUUGAAUGUGUGGUAUGAUAUGUUGUGUGUGUGGUUUCUACAAGAAAUUAGAAACGUGUAUAAAUACAAUACUAUGAAUGUAACACUGAUAAAUCACUCUACAUAAACCUAAAAUAAAUGCCAAAUGAUAAGAAAACAGAGAAAUGUAUCAAUGAACUGGAAAACAUAGAGGAAAACACCAAUUCACUCUUCAGGACCUAGGGAGUGUUAACAAAUGACCGUUUUUCCCAGUCACUUCUUUGCUACACAUAUUCCUGCUGGCAGAGCCUGGGAAAUUGAUGUCAGUCUGUAAGUGGACCCUGCAUGCAACAUGUUGAGCAUUGUGAAUUUUAAAUAACGGCAUAUAAACAUGGUAUAAAUCAACAAUUAAGAUUACAAAUAUCAAUGUAUGGAGUAUCUGGAGAAAACUAAGCUUAUCGCAGAAGGAUAACAUGUUUGAAAGAACAGUUUAUGAAGAUAGCAGAAAUCUGAGUGAUUAUAUAAAUCUGUGAGCUGCAGUAUAAUUAUCGGUAGUUGUGAAUAAACAAACCUGAUCAGUUAUUAAACAUGUGAUAACAGAAUUACUUACAGUCUUAUGAACGCACACGUGAAGGGAUUGUAAUGACAGAAGGAUACUAAAGCUGUAAACAUGCUGAUGAGACGACGGAGAGAGCAACAAAGAAACUUGGCCAAACUUGCUUCUUCACUCUGAGCAGGGAGGUGGGGGCAUGAUUGACAAGAAUGUCCGAGGUUGGUGAUAGGUGAAGAAGGGGGAUGUGAUAAUUAGCAUGCCAGACAACCAGACUCCUGUAUACUGAACACAGAGAUGCUUAAGUCUGCAGUAGAAGAUGGGGAAAGAGUUGUCAUUUUGGACAAUGCUGCUGAUUGGCAUUCUCAAUUUCUUGGAUAUCUUUUAUAUCUCUCUCCUCAAUUACCUUUUCCCCCAGAUCCAUUGACAAUUAGUUUGCUUUAAACAUGACUCAGAAUCCAGAAAUGUCAGUGCAACACUGGAUGCAGGAUGCAAGGGUCUGUAAGGAGCCCAGAAACACUCACUUACGUUUUAUACACAUACUGAUCACAGGUGAGGGUGGUUACCUUUUGUAGCCAUUAAAACCAGUUUUUGUCAACUUCUGUGCAUGUUAUCAGGCCAAAAUCUCCAGGGUAUGUAAACUUCUGAUAGUUUCUGUUGUCAUCAUGAUUUAAAAAGAGUAAACACUAUUGUCUGACAAUAAAUGGCUUUACCUAACUACAAACCAUGAGUGAAAGAAAAGUUUUCCUUUUAUCAUUCAUAUUCUCUGAACAAUGGCUCAAAAAUUACAAAUUCUGCCAGGGUAUGUAAACUUAUGAGCACAGCUGAAUAUCCCACCUUGUUCUGUACAGCUUCUGGUUAAAGUGACAUGUUCUUUUGAAUACAUGAUCUUUAUUUAUCUAAGGAUGCACCAGGCUGCAGUCUGUGCUGAUCAUCAUCCCAGGUGUGGGUCUGUCAGGAGCAGCUGGUCAAUGGACCGUCCGAUAGGCUUCAAAAAUCAAAGGUGAGAACUUCAACUUAGUGUGAAAGUUGUGAUUUUUUUCCCCCUUUAUAUUUAAUUUCAGCCUGCAUUUCUUGAGAACCUAGUUUUUUCAUGUGUUUUGUACAUUUUAUUGAAAAAAGACAACACGUCCAAUAAUGCCUUUUUAUGAGGAUAAAAUCAGAAAAAGAUAAUGAACCAUUAACUUGUGUUUUCACAUUUAGGAAAAAAAGGUAGUUCGUUGAUAAAGAACCACACCCGCUAGAUCCAAUUAAACAUGUAAAAGAUGUAUGAAUUAUAACAUUACAUACUUAUAAAUAAAGAUAAAAGAUAUGGACAAAACUCUGGACAUGUCAGUUGGAGUCAAGAUUUAUUACAACCCUUAGUUCACACAAAUGCCCACCUGUUGCAUCAGAUUGUUUCUUUAUUUGCUUUUUUAUAUAGAGACACAUCAAUUGUGUCAGCCCUUCAUGUUCAACCAGCAGAUUCUGGAUUUUCUGAUCUGAAAAAUUGAAUCACAAGUCUUAAAAUUAUCCAUCAGUCUUUUUGUUUUUAACUCUGAGUCAACUUGCUGUUUUUAAAAAUGUGGGACUGAGCCAUGUCUGCUGUUUGUGUUUUGACAUUGACACACCAAGCUCAUGUUAGCCGACACAUAACAACAUGAGUGUACCAAUAACUAAAGGUAGGUUUUUUUAGCUUUUAGGUUUUAUGACCAAUCCAAACUUAUCAAAUUACUUUAGACAAAAUAAUAAAGAUAUUAAUAUUAAUAUUAAUGUGAAAGGAAAGAUAAAGAAACAUACUAAAAAGACAACUGUGUAAAAGAUAUUUAUCUUUUUUUAAUAAUUUGCACAUAUUAAUCAUAUACUUAAGAUGUGAUUGAUUUUGACCUUGUAAACUGAAAAGCCAGAAAAAUCCAUUAAAUUGUUUUUAACACCUGCACACAUACAUACACACACUACACUAAAAACGUGAAGUAAACUUGAAAUAAAAUCAAACAACACAGAGGAAAAAAAUAUAACAUAAGAUAAGGACUGUUAUAUGAUAACUUUGAAGCACUUUGUGACAACUGUUCUUGAAAGGUGCCAUAUAAAUAACAUUUAUUAUCAUCAUCAUCAUCAUCAUUAUUAUUAUUAUUAUUAUUAUUAUUAUUAUUAUUAGAAACUGCUGCAAGAAUUCAAAAAGCAUUAAUGAAAAGUCAGAAAUUAGUAAAAAGGUUUGGUAGGAGUAAAGUAAAGAUUCAGCAAAUAAACAAUUUAUCAAGCUCUCUAAAAGUCUUUCUAUUAUCAUUAUACUGAUUAUUUUAUUUUGGUUAUUUGUUAUCUUUGAAUUUCAGGAUCCAUCAGACUGAAGUCUGUCCCAAUCAUAAUCCCAGGUGUGGGUCCAUAAAAAGUGACUGGUCCAUGGAUCGUCCAAUAGGCUUCAAGUACCGUGACGACAUCAGAGAUCAUAGGUGAGGAUCAAAAACUGAUCAUGUAAAGUAAACUACUUGUUACCUUAGAUUCAGUUUUGAGUUUUCCGGCUUUGUAGUUCACACAGAUCUAUCUCUGUAUUUGGGCCAAUGUCUGACACUCAUAUAUUCACUAGUCUUCCAAGUUUUAGGUUACAGUAUUGCAGGAUUAUCAAGGAAGAAUCUUUUGGGUUGAUGAAUGGGGGUUCCGGGGAUAAUUUUUGUGGGGGGUCGUGGAAAGGUAUAGUUGUAGUCAACAUUGUGCCUCCUUGGUAAGUUAAAAAAAUGUAACAGAAGUUGUCUCGUAGUUUUUGCAAUGGUGAUGGUCAAUAAGCCAGGCGAAGUAAUCAUUGUUGUGUACCUGAUGCUGUUGACACUGCAUGGUAAUCCCAUGAUGAAGUUUGGCUCCCUUCUGUGUUGAUGCAGGGACUCUUACCUCUAAAAGGCAAAAUCUUUAAGUGUCAGCUAUUAAAAUGUUGCCUUUAUCCACCAUCAAGAGCUUGCCUUCAUCGUCUUUCAUUCACCCGAGUGUGUGCGCCUCAAGGUGGGUGCUUCAGGGAAUCAAAAGUGACAAAUUCCCCCUGCAUCUAGUUUGCAGUUAAUCUUCUGCUUUGUACUCUUCUCCUCUUUGCAAGGUAUUUCUUUGUGCCCUGAAGAUUUUUAAGGUGGAAUGGGUCCUUCCAAAGCUUACAGCGUAGUCAUAUCUGGAGGUCCCUCCCUUGUUGUCUUGAGUUGUUCCAUUCUCAAGGUGCAGGUUGAAAUCCCAGCUUGCUGUCUCUGUGGUCACAUCAACUUAUUCCUGGGUUUUACCAAGUUUGUUCUGUGAAUGACUGGUUAAUACAAACUUUCUGAUUCUAAUGUAGAGGGUUCACCUUUACUAGGUUUUUCAGGUUGGACAGAAACAGUCUCAAUGUAUGCUGGGAGUCAUCAGGUGUUAGGAAAUUUUCAAUAUUUCAGAAGAACUCACCUCAGAAAGAGAAUAAUUUUUUUAAAGAUGAAUGUUUUACAUCAGUGUAUUUAAAAUUAGCCAAAAAAUCUGAUUGAGGAAUGCAUGCAGCUGUGUCUCAACUUCGGUGGAAGAUUCAGUUCAGGCCAGGUUCCACACAGUAAAUGUGCCCCUCGUGCCCCUAUGAAAUGAAUGCGCACCCAUUGAGGGACCGCCCUUCCCUCGUUGGCCCCUCCACUUGUACCCAAACCCCAGUGCUUAUGCCUUUCUAACUUACCAAAAUACACAUCUUCACAAAAAUUCUUCUCAUAACGACAUCCUUACACAAUUACACCCUCAAAAGUUCCACGAACUGACAAUUCUUCUACUUGGUCCCUAAUGGCCCCGUACACAAAAGGCAUGUAAGUAACUGAUUUCAUCUUGGUGUGUUGUGGGUUAAAAGCACAGAUCUCUUCCUUGUUUCUCUGAGGAUGAAGACGGAAGAACCCAAGAUAAGAUAAAAUAUUCCUUUAUCGGUCCAACAGGAAAAAUUCCAAAAAACUCAGGAGUUAAAAUAUGAUAUAUACACGAGUGUUAUUUACAGCUGGUAUGUACAUGUUUGAUAUAUUACUGUUAGAAAAUUUGAGAUAUUUUCAUGUAUGACUAUGUACAUACAUACAUGUGUACAGAAUAUAAAUGUGCAGAGAAUAUACAUGUAAAUAUGGUUUAUUGCACACUGAAGUUUAAGGAGCAUCCUGUCCUUUAUGGAGUUCCUUAGUGCAGUGAGUGUGUGUUGGAGGGGGUGGGAGUCUGGCCAGCAUAGAGGACAAAUUGACAGCUAUAAUCCUCCUCUCCUCCACCUCUUCUAAAAGUUCCAGAGAGCCCUUGCUUAUCUGGAAAAACCUCCAGAACCCUGCCAAGUGGCCAGGAAUCAUGUGGAGCUGAAGAAUCCAUGAUAACCAUGUCUCCAGCCAUCAAAAACCUUUUCCUUUUAUUCCACUCUGCCUUUCUUGGAGCAGGGGCAAGUACUCUCGUAUCCAUCUCUUUCAUAAAAGAUCAGAGAGAUACUGUAUUUGUCUGCAGCCCCUCCGUACAUACUCAUCAUGAGGUUCAAACAAUACUGGUGGCAAAGCUAGUUUACCCUUCAAGUGAAGAAGAUGAUUAGGUGUUAGAGGUUCCAAGUCAUUGGAAAUUCCUCACUGGAUGACCUCCACAGUGCUCGCUGUGCUAAAAAAGCUUGGAGCAUUGUUAGAGACACUUUCCAUCCUGGUCACUCCUUGUUUGAACUUUUGCCAUCAGGCAGAUGCUACAGGUCAAUCAAAUCAAGAACAAACAGACUUAAAAACAGCUUUUAUCCGACAGCAAUAACUACCCUCAAUGCCUUAAGGAAGGUUAUGUGUGACUGAAUAUGUAUUUAUUUAUUUAGUACUCUAUUUAUUUAUUUAGUACUGCUAUUUAUUCUGUAGUUGUUUUUAAUGAUGCACUGACUGUUUGGCACUUUUUUAAUUUCUUUGUACUGGUUACAAUGACAAUAAGGGACUAUUCUAUUCUAUUCAUUGGCAUCAUCUGAGAGCUUUGUAAUUGGACGAUCGUUCAAGAUGGCCUCCACUUCACAGAACACUAUAUGCAGCCCAUCACCGUCCAGCUUCUGCUGACGCAGAACAGAACUGAGAACUCUUCUCACCAGACGUAUCAUCCAUUACCACACACCACCGUGGUGUGGGCCUGUUGGUGGAUUAAAAGUCCAAUGAAUUCCAGCCUCCUUGAACCUUGCCUUCAUCCAAAACAGUAAGAGCCUCCUUUUUGACCUCCUGGUCAUUAGAGUCGAUUGAAAUGUCCAACAAAGCUUUGGGCCAAUCCUCCUCAUGCCUCCAAAGGAAUGCAGGACCCUCCAGCCAGUCCACUCUGACGGUAAGAACAGCUGCGGUCAACCCAAGUCAGGUAAUGGUUGCAGCUUUCAGUGUUGUCACCCUGGCUUUACCAGGCAGAAAGGAGACCUGGAUGUCAUUUCCAUGAUUCAACAUCAGGAGGUAUGGUACAGUUCCAUAUUCGUUUUCACUGGUAUCGGCAAAGUGAUGCAGUCGGGCAUGUUGGACCUCUCCAAACUCCACUGACCUCAUGCACUGACCCACACUGAAUGCAGUCAGCUGAUCCAAAUCCUCCAACCACCUUUUCCAUCAUGGUCAGAUGUCCUGAGGCAACUCACCAUCCUAUCCAUCCUUGCAGCAUAAUUUUGGCAAGCAAGGUGACUGGUGACAAAAAACCCAAUGGGUAAUACACAGAGCUGGUAACUGACAGCAUACCAUGUCUGGUGUGGGACUGUAGUUUCAUGUCCAUUUUGAACUUGAAUGAGUUGGUCUCGUCACACCACUGUAGACCAAGAGCCCUUUCCACUGGAAGUGUAUCUUGAUCCAGAUCCAACUCCCUUAGAUCUUUCAAAUUCAAUCAAAUCAAUCAAAUUUUAUUUAUAUAGUGCCAAUUCACAGCACUCGUCAUCCCAAGACGCUUUUCAAAGAACACGAGCAGGUCUAGACCACACUCAUUGUUUGAUAAAUUAUCAAGACCCAACCUAAGAUGGGUUUUGGCCCAUCUCAUCUAACAUGAGUAACAGUGGCAAGGAAAAACUUCCUUUUAACAGGCAGAAAGACAUGAUGUUCAUGUCUGCAGUACCAGUCCAGAGGAACCCAAGAGAAGAAGGCGCUCAUGGCCUGAGGCGGACAGUCAUAGAUGAUGUGGCUGGAGUCAGGCAGGUCUGCAGCAGCCGUUCAUCUGUAGCAUCAGUCCAGAGCAACCUAGGAGACUGGGGGCUCAGAGACAUACAGAGAGAUCUGGUUUGCAAUUUGAUGGGAGAAAAUGACUUCAAUGUACAGGAUAAUGAAGUAACUAAUUAUGGACUAUGUUAAAUGAAUUUAAGGUGAUUCAAGUUAAAACUCAAUGGCAGUUUACUCUAGUUUUAUUUUAUUGAUGUCAGUUAGGCUGAUGUAUGUGUCUGCAGCAACAGUCCAGAGGAGCCUAAGAGAUGGAGGAGCUCAGGGCCUGAGGUGGACAAUCAAAGACGAUGCAGCGGGGGUCAGGCAGUUCCACAGCAGACUGUCUGCAGCAUUAGUCCAGGGGAAGCUAAGAGACUCAGAGACACUCAGAGAGAGAGAAAUCUGGUUCGUGACUUAUAUGGGACAUAAAGAUCUGAGCUAGGCCGACCCGCACCAGCUACAGGGUCCUGGCUAGCUACCGCUACUCUAGCAUCAGUGCAGAGCCGCUUUUCCAGCUCUGUAAUCCUUGCCUCUAGAGCUAAGAAUAAACUACACUUAAAGCAGGUAUCAUUAUCGUCUAAGGAGGACGAGGAGUAACUAAACAUCUGACACACUGAGCAGAAGGGAACAGGAGAAGCAGGAGACCAAGGGGAAGCCAUCGUUAGUGAGAGAAACUAAGAGCUAAUAAAGUAAACCACCAGAGAGAUCACCUGGAAUGGAGAUAAAGAUGGUGCUUGGUGAAAACUAUAAGAUAUACUCACAGACUUUUAAACAAACAGAUGUAUUGAUAGAUUAAAGAGAGAAAAUAACCCAAACAGCAAGAACGCUAUCAGGAGGAGCAAAACGCUACACAAACAGUUCAACAGCAAGGAACAGAAUGAUGCAAUGCACACGCUCACCAGUCAGGAGGAGUAGUCACAGUCCCAGUGCCAUUCCAGUUUUGGCCCUUUGCUCCUCUGUGAUGACUUGCAACACAACACGACUGUUGCUGGUCCAUUUUCCCAGGAUGAAGCCUCCCUUCAGACACAAAGCACUCAGAUCUCUUAAAAUCUGAAUAGCUUCGCUUUCAGUGGCUAAGCUCUUCAGACAAUCAUCCACAUAGAAAUUAGAAAAAAAACUCAGACUGGUUAUCAUCUGCAGUUUUUCUCAGUGCAUAUCCUGUGCAACUAGGAGAUGAAACUGCACCAAAUAAAUGCACACACAUCCUGUAUUCUACAAGUUCCUUCAUCUGGCCACCAGAGGAAGCGCAAAAAAUGCUUGUGCUACUCAGAGACCCUCACCUGGUGGAACAUAGCUUGGAUGUCUCCCAUGAAUGCCACUGGUUCCUUCCUAGAACGGACAAGGACUCCAAGCAGUGAGCUGGUGAGGUUUGGACCCUGCAACAGUUCACUGUUCAAAGAUGCUCCCUGAAAGGUGGCUCCACAAUCAAACACCACACGGAGGGAUCCUUUCCUUGGAUGGUGGACACCAUGGUGAGGGAUGUACCACACUUGACCCUUUUCACACUGCAGUUGUUGCUGAUGCACUUGUUCUCCAUAGCUUUUACUUAUGAGCGUGUUCAUGUACUCAGCAUACUCCUGGUGCAGUUGUUUUUUUGUUCAGGAACUUUGUCUUCAAACCCUGGAUCCUUUGCUUAGCCAAAGCAAAAUUGUUAGGCAGACAGAUCUCCUUGUUUUUAAACAGGCAACUUCAGACAGUACUUUCCUUCCUAACACACUGCUGAGUGUUCCAUUUUUUCCCAGAAAUUUGAGAUCUUCUCUGGACAUUUCUUUCUCCUUUGUGGCCUUCUCAUCAAACUCAUGGUUGUACUGAUCAACCAGCAUUACCUCAAGUUUACACACAGAGAUCCUGUUCACCAUAGCCAAGGAAAGCUCCGCCUCCAAAGCACCACUGUUUCCAUUCAGUGGACCAUUAACAACCCAUCCCAGCACUGUAUGUCAGCAUACAGGCCACUCCUGUGACUGUUAAUAACCUCCCAAGGUUCCAAUAUCUUGGGGGCGUUGGUUCCAAUUAACAGGUCGACAUUGCUUCUAUGAUUGGAAUGUUCACCUUCGACAAAUAUGGCUACUUAGCCAAUUCCUCAGGUGUCACCAUGUUAUCCUGGCAUUUUUUUCUGAGUAAGAACCUCUGGGAGCACAUGACAAUCAUUGCUGUCCAGAUCAGAGACCUCCAAACCAGCUAAUGCAAAGGCUGGCAUAACUGAUUUUUGCCCUGUUGUGCUUAACAGGAAGCUGGUUCUCCUACUAUUGACAUUCAGCUUCCGCAUUAGAUGCUCAGAGCAGAAUGUGGCUGAACUACCCGGAUCCAAGAAGGCAUAGGUUUCUAUGACUUGAUUGCCCUUUGCACAUUUCACCUUUACCGGGAGAAUGGACAGAACACACCGGUCCUCACCGGCCCCUGUAUGUCCACAUGUUUUCACUGAAGUUGUCUGGUUCGAUGUGUCCAACACUUCCAGACCUGGUUAUUUUUGAUGUGAAGCACAGUGGGAUGAGUUUGACCACAGACUUUACAUGUUAAGCAUCUCUCACAGUCACGACUCAUGUGACCAACACCUAGACAUGCAAAACAAACCCCCUUCCCUCUCAGAAAUGGGAUCUUUUCCUUGUGCCACUUUCUAUUAAACUACUCACACUCCUCCAAAAAGUGACUCUGAGCACAGCAAAUGCAUCCAGCUUUCUCAUUCUCUCCUGAGUCUGGUGUAGGUGACUCUUAAACUCUUUCAGGAGCUUCCACAGAUGUUACUGUGGUGGCAACAAUAUUUCCCUUAACACUGGUUCUGGGUUGUGAUUUAAACCCAGUGCUGAUCCUCAUCCCAGAAAGACCAGAUACUGGAUCCUGUAUCUCACCAAACAGAGGGUCCGAAAUGAAUUCUGACAUGACGCUCAAUAAAACUGACCAGAACAGUGAAGCAAGCUCUUUGGCUGGUUCUCUCCAUUAUGUUAUGAGCUAUGGUCCUCCAUUGCUCCCUCAUUUUGAAUGGCACUUUGAACAUAAUGGCCCUGAUAUUGACUAGCAUAUCCAAUUCCUGCAUGUACUGGAGCUCCUCCGUAGCAUUGCAGCAUCCACGCAAGACUAAGGAGUAGGCUUGGAGUGGUUUGACAUCCUCAGAUUUUAUUGUCUGCCAGGUCAAAGCCUUUUCCAUGUAUGCGCUUGCGAUUUUGUACUGAUUUCCAAAAUGUUUCUUUAAAAGUUUCUUUGCCACUGCGUACCCACAUUCAGGAGUCAUAUGCUGGCAGCUACGCACUAAUUCAUGAGGCUGUCCUCUGGUAAACUGCUCCAGAUAAUAAAGACAGUCUGCACUUCCUGCUUUUUCUUCCACUCCUUUCUCAAAGGCUUUGAGAAUGCCCUGUAGUGAAUAGGGUCCCCAUCAUAUGUGGGAAUAUCUAGUGGUGGCAGUGACAUCAACUGCUGCUGCUGCACCAGAGUCACCGUUAUUUCAUUCUGCCUGUGCAUGAUGUUCAGUAUAUCUCCAAGUAGAUUAAUACUGAUUUGAUGAUGAUAUGCAGGUUGAGCAUUUGUGGCUUAUUGUUGAAAAUACUGUGAUGUUUCCAUUGGUUUGCUUUCCUGUUGCUAUCCAUUGGGGCUGUAUUGAUACUUUGAAGCAGCUUUAACCCAUUACUCAGUUUCCUUGUGUUGUUCAUGUGUUAGGGUUCCUUUGGGUGGUAAUGACCAUUUUGUGAUAUCAUUUUGUUGUGUUGAUUUCCAUGUUUCUGGCUUGUACUCUGCUGCCAUAGGAUCUAAAACAGUUAUGGUUUCGUUUUUCCUUGUUUCCUUUUCCAAGUAGGAAUUCAUGCCAUUGCUGGAUGUUUUAGAAGCAUUUCUGCUGGCUGAAGCAUGAAGGACUGCCAAGUUAGCAGUGGAUUUCAGCUUUCAUUUCAAGUAGCUCUCGUUACCUCCUUAACUGCUGUUCCUGCUCCUCCAGAGCAUGUUAUUGCCUUAAAGCUUCAACGCGAGCAACAAGUGCACUGACCAACCACUGUUACAGCUCAAUUUACCUUCAUUAGAAACACUGUCAUUAGGACCAAUAUCGUCCACAACAUUACCAUUUUUCUUACCUUCAUCACAUGAAAUCCACCUUUUUGCAUCUGCAACACACUCAUUAUUGGACAUUUUGCUUUAAACCAUAUUUCAUGUUUUUCUUUUUCAUCACAUGGCAGUAGACCCAACAGAGUAUCAUGGACAUUUUUUACCUUACCACACACUUCAGUCAGUUGUCUGAGAGCAUCAUGUACCCCUGUGUUAUCAUGGUUUACCUUUAAGUCUUGUAUUGUUUUCCUUAUGUUAGCUGCUUUGCUAAACAAAGCCUUUCUGUAAGAUUGCAAUUUUUCCAAUUUAUUGACUAGCGCCUUUUUAGUGAGCUUGACCACCCAUUUUUCGGUCUUAGUUUCAACGCCACCAGUCAUAGUACGAGGUUUACGCACAGUUUGCACAUUAGUCCUGGUAACCAAGUCCGACACCGCAUCGCGAGUCUCCAUAAUGAACAAACAAUCAAUGAGCAGUUCACAGCAACAAGUGUUCAACGCAAAAGUCAAUUGUUCCCUGCUUCGGCAACCAAUGCAUUAGGUUUAUGACCCCCUUAUGUGUGCACACAGUUUAAAUGGCCAUUUAACAGUGUGGGGCUACACAUACCUCCAUGCAGUUCUACCAGUAGGGUUUGGAAUAUACAGUGCAUCUGGAAAGUAUUCAUACCACUUAACUUUUUCCACAUUUUGUUAUGUUACAGCCUUAUUCCAAAAUGGAUUAAAUUUCCUUUUACCCUCAAAAAUUCUACACAAAAUAUCCCAUAAUGACAAAGCGAAAAACUUUUUUUAGAACAUUUUGCAAAUUUAUUAAAAAUAGGAACACUCAAAUGUUGCAUAUACAUAAGUAUUCACACCCUUUACUCAAUACUUGGUCGAAGCACCUUUAGCAGCGAUUACAGCCUCCAGUCUUCUUGUGUAUGAUGCAACAAGCUUGGCACACCUGGAUUUGGGGAGUUUUUCCCAUUCUUCCUUGCGCAUCCUCUCAAGCUCAGUGAGGUUGGAUGGGCAGCGUCGGUGCACAGCUACUUUCAGGUCUUUCCAAAGAUGUUCAAUCAGGUUCAAGUCUGGGCUCUGGCUGGGCCACUCAAGGACAUUCAGAGACUUGUCCUGAAGCCACUCCUUUGUCUUCUUGGCCGUGUGCUUAGGGUCAUUGUCAUGCUGAAAGAUGAAGUGUUGCCCCAGUCGAAAGUCUCGAGCGCUCUGGAGCAGGUUUUCAUCAAGGAUUUCGAUGUACUUAGCUGCAUUCAUUUUUCCCUAGAUCCUGACAAGUCUCCCAGUUCCUGCCAAUGAAAAAUAUCCCCACAGCAUGAUGCUGCCACCACCAUGCUUCACUGUAGGGAUGGUAUUGGCGAGGUGGUGAGCGGUGCCUGGUUUCCUCCAGACAUGAUGCUUGGCAUUCAGGCCAUAGAGUUCAAUCUUCGUUUCAUCAGACCAGAGAAUUUUGUAUCUCCUGGUCUGUGAGUCCUUCAGGUGCCUUCUAGCAAAGUCCAAGCAGGCUGUCAUGUGCUUUUUACUGAGGAGUGGCUUCUGUCUGGCCACUCUACCAAUGAUGGAGACCACUGUGCUUUUUGGGCUCUUCAAUGCAGCAGAUAUUUUUUUGUAAUCUUCCCCAGAUCUGUGCGCCGAUACAACCCUGUUUUGGAGGUCUACAGACAAUUCUUUCGACUUCAUGGCUUGGUUUGUGCUCUGACGUGCUCUGUCAGCUGUGGGAUCUUAUAUAGACAGGUGUGGCUUUCCAAAUAAUGUCCAAUCAGCUGAAUUUGCCACAGGUGGACUGCAAUCAAGUUGGAGGAACAUUUCAAGGCUGAUCAGUGGAAACAGGAUGCACCUGAGCUCAAUUUUGAGUUUUAUAGCAAAGGGUGUAAAUACUUAUGUACAUGCAACAUUUGAGUGUCUUAUUUUUAAUACAUUUGCAAAAUGUUCUAAAAAAAGUUAUUUGCUCUGUCAUUAUGGGGUAUUUUGUGUAGAAUUUUUGAGGGAAAAAAGGAAUUUAAUCCAUUUUGGAAUAAGGCUGUAACACAAAAUGUGGAAAAAGUGAAGUGGUUUGAAUACUUUCCGGAUGCACUGUAUAUAGUAGCCUUGGAAGUACAUUAAUUUUAACAACUUCCCUCUUGAAACCAAACUUGUGAAGGGGAUUAGAUUCCACCUUUCCAUAUCAAAUUUUAUUUUUGAUAUUAAUGUAUCAUGAUUUAAAGAUUUGAACUGGGAUAAAUCUUGAGGCAGGUUCACUCCCAAGUAUUUCAUGAAUUUUGAGUUCGAGUUGAACCUAAAACUCUUUCUAAUUUUCCUAUCUGUCAUAUAAUCUCGCCCCCCAUCUCCAUUACAUGAGCACUCCUCUAACUGCAAUACUGUCCGUUCUGUGCCGCUGUUUACACCGGCGCCAUGGCACACCACCACCCCCUCCAUCGGUCAUUCUCUAGCUAGUCCAUCGCUUGAAGUGAAGUCUCCCUCACCUACCACUUCUUCCAUCCCAUCCCUAAAAGUCACCCCACACUUGGCAUCCCCGCGCUCCCUUUUUCCUCCGACCACUCUAAUCCUUGAGAACUCAAUUAUGCGACACAUCCGCUUUUUAAUACUGUAACACAUUGCUUCCCCGGAGCCACAGUCCCAGUCAUCCUCCAAAAACUCCCUGAUUUGUUGAACACUCUGCCGUCCUCCAUCCACAGAAAUAUGGUCCAUGUUGGAGUUAACGAAACAUUCCUCCCCGACACUAUAAGGUAACCAAAUCACAGUUCAGAUAACUCCUCCAGCCUGUAACUCACACCGGCAAAUCCAUCUUCAUCAGCGGACCGCUCUCUCCUCACGGCUGUGGGAUUGAAAAGUUCAGUAGUGUCCUCCAGUGCAACUCCUGGCUCCACUUGGUCUGCAGGGAAUUCAGCUUUGGUUUUAUAGAUAAUUUUAACUUGUUCUAAAAUUGCCAAUCCCUGUUCAAAGCUGAUGGUAUCCAUCCAAACAAACUUGGCAACUACAAGCUAAAAGCCAUCCUGCAGCACGCUGUCCAAUCAAACCCACGUGACUGACUAUUUACUCACUGCUCCCACUCACCCACACAAGCCCCCCCCCCCCUUCUUCUACUGUGCUUUCUCAGUGCACCACUCUCUCCACCUACUCCCCCUACAGCCCCCUGCUGUAACUAUACCCCUCAUUUAACUCCUCUGUUGCUGUCUUCCCCAUUACAACCAAUGUAACUGUCAGACCCCUCUGCCCUCAGUCUACUCUCAAAGUUGUGAAUAAAAAUAACCUUUCCUACAUAAAACUGGGUGCCCCUGCCCCUUCAUCCCACAAGUUUGAAAACACCACAGCCAACUUUGGACUAUUAAACAUUUGCUCACUCAGGAGCAAGGGACAGCUCAUUCAGGAUGUCAUCAUGGACCAUAACUUGGAUUUUCUUUGCCUAACAGAAACGUGGCACCAGAGUCCCACCAGUUUCCACCCCUGCCCUCCACACAUUUGAAUCCAUCACCUUACAGUUAUCUGGCCCCAUCCCCACUAUCAGUUCCAAUGUGUAUCGUCCCCCCAAGCCAAAAAAAGAGUUCUUAAAUGAUCUUGCUUAUCCUUCCACACUAUCUCCAAACAUAUUACUCCUGGGUGACUUUAAUAUCCACACGGACAAUGUCGACAACACUCUCACCAGGAAUUUUAUUUCUUGCAUAAACAGCUUUGGACCCCAGCAACUUGCAAACUUCCCAACACAUCAAAAAAGACACACGCUGGAUUUAAUAUGCUGUUUUGGUCUCUCCCCUGUCAACUGUAAGUCAACUUCCCUCCCCUUCAGAUCACAUGUUAGUUUCCUUUAACGUCAACCUUGCACUCGCUAAUAUCCGUCUCCCAUGCACUAUUCCACUCCAAUAACAGUCUUUAUGAUUUCCUGGACUACUUUGCCCCACUCAAAACCAGAUCUGUCACUCUGACCUGCUCCUCACCAUGGUUCACGCCAGCUCUCAGACAACUCUAAUCUAAAGGACGCCGCCUGGAACGCCUCUACAAUAAAACUGGUCUAACUGUAUAAGGAAAUCUAUUACAACCACCUUGAAGACUUAAAAACAGGCAACUGGACUGUGUAGAGUUGAGAAAACGUUUCACCUCUUAUCCAAGAAGCUUCUUCAGUUCUAAAAUUGCUAGUGUGAGGAGCAGAUAUUUAUCUUACUGGAGAAGGGGACAGACAACGACUGGGUUGGAAAGAGUUGGAAAGAAUGGGUCGUAGAAACCCAUCUCUAACCUAAAAGGGUUGUUAAUGACCCCUGUCAUGUGACCACAUGACUCAUGCCACCUGUCAUGUGGUCCCAGGUGUGAAUGUUUGUGGAGCUUCCUGGGCAGAGAGCUGAGAACUGCAUUGUAAGUGCCAGAGAGAUUGUGCCUGAGUCUACCCCCUCUGUUCAGAGAAGGUUUCUCCAGCCUGGUAAAGAUGGCUUCUUUAACUCCUCUUUCAAACCAUCUGUCUUCUCGAGCCAACACCUGUACAUUGCUGUCCUCGAAAGAGUGACCUGUGUCCUUUAAGUGAAGGUGGACAGCUGAGUCCUGACAGGGGUUGUUAACGACCCCUUCAGGUUAACGACUUCGGACACACACACACACACACACACACACACACACACACACAGAUGGGUUUCUACGACCCAUAAUUUCCAACUCCUCCCAGUAGUUGUCUGUCCCCUUCUCCAGUAAGAUAAAUAUCUGCUCCUCUCACUAGCAAUUUUAGAACUGAAGAAGCUUCUUGGAUAAGAGGCGAAACGUCUUCUCAACUCUACACAGUCCAGUUGCCUGUUUUUAAGUCUUCAAGAUAACCAUGACCACGAAGCCUCAGCAGCAUCGCAUUGUACGGGAAGAGCAACAAACUUAACCUACCCUUCAGCAGUCUGACGGAGGAGUUUAUGGUUACCCGUGCAAGAGAGGUGCUGCUGUAUAGGGACUCAAGUGACACCAAAGUCUCCUCGGCUGGUGUAGAAGUGAGGACAGGCAGGAAGUGGUGUGCCCAAGAGGCAGUCGAUCAGGCUGAGUCCCGCUUGCGGCACAGUGAGCUGGUGGGAACAGUGGCAUCUGGACGGGCAGGACUUGGGAGCAACCCGAGACCUUCAUAUAACAAGGCCAAGGGGAAGGAAAGGUGUCAGCUGAUCCAGGAGGAGGUCCGAGCAGGGGUGGAGGAAGCCCGCUGCAGCAAGACAGUGGGGAUGCGGCAGCAGGGGGCGUGGACCCGUUGGGAGGAGGCAGCUGCCCGGAAGGUCUCGUGGUCAGAGCUAUGGCGAUCUGAGCCUCACCGGAUCAGGUUCCUCAUCCAGUCGGUUUACGACGUCCUCCCAAGCCUAUCCAACCUCCACCGCUGGGGCUUGGCUGAGAACCCACUGUGCCCUCUCUGCCAAAGAGCAGGAUCACUGGAACACAUCUUGAGCUGCUGCCCAAGAGCACUGGGAGAGGGGUGCUACCGCUGGCGCCAUGACCAAGUGCUACAGGUCAUUGCGGAGGCCAUCAGCACAGGCAUCGCCACCAGCAAACACAUACAACCAUCAAGGCAGACCAUCGCCUUCGUUAAGGCUGGGGAGAAGCCGCAGCAGCUCAGGAGGCAAGCAGGGGGGCUGCUGGCAACAGCCCGGGACUGGCAGCUGAAAGUCGACCUAGGGAGACAGCUCAAAUUCCCGGAGAACAUCGCAGUGACCACGCUCAGGCCAGACAUGGUCCUGGUGUCUGAAACAACAAGGCAAGUGGUCCUGCUGGAGUUGACUGUUCCCUGGGAAGACAGGAUGGAGGAGGCCUUUGAGAGAAAGAAAGCCAAGUAUGAGGAGCUGGCAAGUGAAUGCCGAAGCAGGGGAUGGAGGACCCGGUGCAACCCCAUCGAGGUCGGAUGCAGAGGAUUCGCUGGCCAGUCCCUCAUCAGGGCUCUCAAGAUGCUGGGAAUGGGGGGACUGCACGACAGGCGAGCCAUUAAGAACAUCUGCGACGCAGCAGAGAAGGCGUCCAGAUGGCUGUGGAUCAAGCGGGGUGAUCCGUGGUCACAUGCUCUUAAGACACAAGCCGGGACUUGAUCACCCCGGCUGGGUCCCCUGGGCGAGGGUGUCUGUUGCAAGACCUGAAACACCCAGUGAACCCAGGUGCCAACACUGAUGAUGUGUCUUAAGUUGCACCAUAAGUGUAUUUUAGAACCUGUAUGAAUGAGAAUCUACAUGGUCUAUUACAACCACGUUUUCCACUACAAGGACUGCACUUCCAAGACCAAAUCAAUUUACUACGCUGGACUAAUCAAUUCAAACUAUGGCAACUCAAGAGCCCUUUUACUCAUCAGCAACACCACUCAACCUCCGGACUCACUACCACAACAGAUGUACUCUACUGCCUCCUGCAAUACUAUUCUAUCCUCUUUCACUGCCAAAAUUCAAAACAUCCACCAGCAACUUGCUCCCAGCUCUGCUCACAGUUCAUCUCCUCUAUUCACUCUGUGUUCCCCUCCCAGUCCUUUUCAGCAUUUACCCUGCCCUCAGUUCUUGAAAUCACCCAUAUCAUCAAAAAAUCCAGGUCAUCAUCAUCCCCCCUCAUUGACUGCCUCCUUAAAAUAAAAUCCUGGUUUUCAUCCAACUUUCUUAAACUGAACAGCAACAAAACAGAAAUGCUACUUAUUGGCACAAAAACCACCCUUUCCAAAUCUCCCAGUUUUACGAUAUCCAUAGACAAUUCCAACCCCCCCCCCCCCCAGGUAAAGAGUCUGGGUGUCAUCCUCGACAGCACACUCUCAUACACCUCUCAUAUCAGCCACAUAACCCUUUUUAAGUCUCUGAAUGGGCUGGCCCCGGAGUAUCUCCCUGACCUUGUUAAACUGCGCCAGCCCUCCAGAGCCCUGAGGUCAGCUAAUCAGGUGGUUUUAGACGUUCCUCGAUCCUUUUUAAAAUCUAGAGGAGUUAGAGCAUUUUCUGUCGUGGCUCCCACUUUUUGGGACACUGUACCCCUUACAGUGCGCACUGCUAACAGCCUUUCCACUUUUAAAACAAUUCUGAAGACGCACCUGUUCACUUUAGCUCUUGGGGAAGUAAAGCUGCUUUUAUUGGGUAUUUUUUUAUGUGCUAUCUUUAUCUAUAUUGUUGUUUUAUGUUUUUAUAUGUUUUAUGCUUUUAUUGUUUUUACAGUUUUUUAAAAAAAAUUUUUACUACGUGUCAACAUCACAAGCAGGGGGGAGAAAAAUUUAUGUUCUGUGUAAUAAAUUUCUAAAGUUUGUCCACAGCCCCAUAAGCUUUGCUGACGGAGGCGGUUUUUAUGACCUAUACUGCAGUCCAUCAACAGAGGGUGCUGUUCUCAGAGUGGCUUCACCCAGCAAGGAGGCAGACUGUCCAUUCUAUAUACAGUCUAUGGCGUGGUCCUUUUAAAUGUUCUGAGUGAUCAGUGGAAGGAUGCCGAGCCACCUAAAAAAACGUAUUGAUUAUGUGAAUGGUUUCUGCCACAGACUGUUUGCUGCCGGAGAAUUGGCAAAGAAAAACGUGACACUUUCUCAGACUAAGAUGAAAAAACUGUAUGACCGGCGUGCUGAAUGCCGCGUGUUUGGUGUGGGGGAACCAAGUCUUGUUACCUAUUGUGACUUCUCCCUUUCAGGCUAAGUAUUCUGGUCCAUAUGAAGUGAGACAAAAAUAGUCUCUGAACACAACUACAUGAUUUCUUCUCCAGAGCAUAGAAAGAAAAUGCAGCUUUGUCAUGUCAACUUGUUAAAACCUUAUUAUGCUCGUGUUUUAGAUGACACAGACGGCGAGAGUGCUUCAGGACUUUCCCACUCUGCUUGUUCGGUGGGGAGAGUGUCCACAGUUCAUUCUCCACAGUCAGUGUCCACUGAGGUAGAGGAUAGUUUUCCUUGUGUUGAUCCCACCGUUCUUCAAGGUCGCCUUAAAAACUCUGAGUCCCUGAGUAACCUGCAGGUCCUCUUAGGUCACUUAGCUGAGUCCAAACAGGACGAUUUAUGUAAUGUUAUGUUAUGUAAAGUUCUGGGGGACUUGGAGGGGUGUACCGUCUAUUUAGACGAUGUGGUUGUCUUCUCUGACACUUGGGAUUCUCAUGUUGAGCGCAUGUGUGCGUUGUUUUCCCGUCUGGCUGAGGUGCGUCUGACGUUAACCUCGCAAAGUGCGAGUUUGCCAAAGCAAUGGUGACGUAUCACGGUUGUGGUGGGGCAGGGUACUGUCCGUCCCGUUGAGGAGAAAGUUAAGGCAGUUGCAUGUUUUCCUGUCCCUACAACCAAAAAAAGAGCUCAUGCCUUUUUUUGGUCUUGUUGGUUAUUACAGGAGUUUUUGCAGAAAUUUAUCUGAUGUAGUCGCACCAUUAACAGAUUUGCGUAAGGCAAGUGUGAUUUUUGUAUGGUCUCCUGUUUGCCAGCAGGCAUUUGAAAAAGUUAAAUCCUUGUUGUGUAAUGCGCCUGUUCUCUCUGCUCCAAGGUUCGAUAAUCCCUUUGCUCUCCAAGUUGAUGCCAGUCACGUGGGUGUGGGGGCGGUACUGUUGCAGAAUGAUGAGUUUGGUAUUGAAAAACCAGUGAGCUCCUUUUCUAACAGUUUUAACUGAAUACCAACUUAACUAUUCUACCAUUGAGAAAGAAGCCUUGGAAUUAGUGUCGGCACAACAUUUUGAUGUGUAUCUUGGAUCUGGUGUUGCACCUGUCGUGGUCUUCACUGAUUAUAACCCUCUUGUUUUCUUGAAUUUGUUACAGUGUCCCAAUCAAAGAUUAGUGAGAUGGUCACUGUUCCUUCAGUCUCACUGGCUUGAUAUUCAACACAUAAAAGGGCCUGACAAUGUGGUGGCAGACGCAUUGUCCAGAGCCUCUGUAGACAGUGGCAGCUGGUGAGAAAAAUAAUACGUGGGGCUGAAGGUUUGGAAAACAGAGCCCUGACAAAACAAAUAAAGGUAAAUAAAGCAUUCUGGUGCUUUCUAAGAUAAUAAUAAUUUAGGAAACAUAUGAUGUUGACCUACAGAGACAAAUGGGGUGGGGAUACUGUAUUUCAACUUAUUAAUAGGGCAUUAUAGCCGACACACAGCCUACCUACAUUCAAUGUAAUCCUAUGAUAUAGAAACUGACAGUAGCAUACCCAUUGAAACUGGGUGAACAAAUACAGGGUUCCCACUCUUUUCCAGAAAUCAUUUUCCAGGACUUUUCCAGGAUGUUUUCAUCCUGCCUUAAAAAUUAUUGAUUUCUAACAAAGUGGCAUGAACAUUGUUUGUUAGCUUUCUUUUAAGUCAGGCUUUUAUGUAGUGUCUCACUAUAAUAAAUGUAUGGUUUAUAUUAGGUUUUAACCUUUAUAUAUCCUACUUUUCUACAAACAGAUUUUGCUGAUUGACUGUUUCAGUUGCUGAAAUAAUAUUUUGCCAGCUUUAUGAUUUCUUUUUGUCACCAUUAAUUUACACAGGAAACAAAAAAGAGCCUGACUAUUUAGACUUCCAGUUAGCCAUGCUUUGUGCCUGUACCAUGUUCUUGAAAAUAUCUGUGUAUAUUGUCUGCUCUUCUCUGUGGUCAGUUGCUGAGCGGAAGCGUCUGGUCGAUCUGGACCAAGCUCUUCCAGCUUUAGUUAGUCCUGCAGAGUCCUCCUCUCAAACAGGACCUACUUGAUAGACAGCGCAGCGUUCUCCGGUAAAUCACUCGGUAGGGGGUUUGCAGUAGCCAUUCCCACGUCCUCUGUCAUUAGCAGCCAAGUGCAGAGUGAGGGGCAGACCGGCUCCGAGUAGAGCAGCUAGCUACGUUAGACGCACACUGUAGCUAUUCGUCCGUUUGUGGCUAAUUUGGUAAUGAACGUGCUUACGUCAUUCAAAUUAGGGACGCUGGGGCGCCCGGGACGAGCGCCCCUUAAGGAUUUUUUUUGUGUGGCUAGGAUAAGCUAAAUUUUUAAUGCAGAACUUCGAUCUGAGCAUGCGUGAGGGAGCAGAAAGCUGGGGCGCUGGCCCUUAAUGCCCCUAACGUUAAUGCACAACUGUGAUCUGAGCAUGCGUGAGACAACAGACGUUCCUAGUCCGCCCUGGCGCUGGGUGGAGAGAUCGCUAAAGGACUGAAAUACACAUUUAAUGGAAUGAUUAAUAUAAUAGUGCCAUUUCCUUACUUUGAGAAUAAUUUUCAGGGAGACAGCAGACAUCUCUUUUUGCUCACGCAGCUCAGGUGGGGCUCUGCAGCGCCCUUGUAUACUGGCCUCCACUGCCUGUAGAGUAAAUAUAGCCAAGUGUUUUCCAAAGUGACUUUUUGGGGUAAGUUUGUAAUAGUUUAGUGUUAUGAUAAAAAUGAUAUAAAAGGAAAAUAGAUGCAUUUAUUUUGAUUAAAUUGAGGAACUCAUAUUUCCAUUAGAUUUCAGUUAGCGCUGAGUUGUUUGAGGACCUACCUGGCACGGCUGUCUCACCGCGCCCAUGAUUCCUCGGCGCAUUAUGUUUUGGUUUAGUUAGGUUUCUUUGUUAGUUUAAUUAGCAUUUGAUUAUGUUGCCCAUUAUCCAAGUUGAUAUUGUUUGUAAUAAAAUCGUUUUGUUUUUACUUUAGAAGCCAUACGUCUCUUCGUUUUUGUCAUGACUUUGAGCCAGGUCAUGACAGCAAGAUGGAAUUUUGCACAAAGGUAGAUUUGCCAAAAAUUACUGAUAAGCAGAGAGAUGAUCUGUGUAAACUGAUAAUGCUCAGUGAAAUUAAGAAUUGUAUCCAGUUACUCUCGAUCAACAAAGCACCUGGCCCAGAUGGGUUCAAUGCAGAAUUUUAUAAAAUAUUUAACACCACUCUGGUUAAUCCUUUGCUUGAAAUGUUACAGUCCACAUUUGCAGCUGGGGCUCUUCUUCCAUCUCUUAUGGAGGCUAAUAGCUCUCUAGUACUAAAAGAGGGGAAAGCAUCUGAAGAGUGCUCUUCAUAUAGGUCUAUAUCCGUCUUGAAUUUGGAUUUAAAGCUACUUGAAAAAAUCCUUGCCUCUUGUUUGGAAGAGGUCCUCCCCACUGUAAUUAAUAACAACCAAACUGGUUUCAUUCGGGUAAGGCUUUCUUCACAUAAUGUAAGACACCUGCUUAACAUUAUUCAGCAUUCUUCUAUGUACAGUACAGAAGCUCUGGUUAUUUCUCUUGAUGCAGAAAAGGCCUUUGAUAGGCUGGAAUGGCCUUAAUUUUUUUCGCACUUCAAGAAUUAGGUCUAGAGGAGGAUGUUAUUAAAUGGGUUUGGAUCUUGUACACAUCGUCUCUUUCAGCUGUAAUUACAAAUGGACUCAGGUCUAGUAAUUUCAAUAUUGAACAAGGCACCAGGCCAGACCUGGCUGCAGAAACAAAUGGGGCGGGACAUUACAUUUUUUCAGGGGGGCACACUUAUUUAAACCUUUAUUAGGGCCCGAGCCAGCUGCAGAGCAGCCGGGCGUAGAGCCCUAUUAUUCCUGUAUAGGUUUUUCUUUCUUCUUUAGGGCCCGAGCCAGCUGCAGAGCAGCCGGGCGUAGAGCCCUAUUAUUCCUGUAGUGGUUUUUCUUUCUUCUUUCUUUCUUUCUUUCUUUAGGGCCCGAGCGUAGCUGCUAAGCUGCUGCGAGAGCCCUCUUGUUCCUGUAGUUUCCUUCUUUUGUUAUUAUUAGGGCCCGAGCGUAGCUGCUAAGCAGCUGCGAGAGCCCUAUUAUUCCCCAAGUGGUUUUUCUUUGUUUCUUUCUUUCUUCUUUUUCCUCCCCUUUGAACUGGAAAAUGGCCCACUUCCCACUGGCGAAAACUCAUGAAAUUUGGCAGGAUGACCGGGCCUGGUGAAAAAUUUGAUAUUCCGAAGUCGCCCAAACAAGAAAAUGCAAAAUGGCUCCAUAGCGCCCCCUAAGGUGAAAAUUCACACUAUUGACUGUCACGCCUUUACGCUUUGUCAAAAUGACACAAAAAUUGACACACACAUGUAUCUCAAGAAGAUCUACGAAAAAGUCAGUGCGGGCGUAUCUGUCAAAUGUACGGUUAAAGGGUUAUUCCGCAUUUUUUGCCGAUCCGCACACAUUGGAAUUUCGCUAACUCCUCCGAAGGCUUUCGUUCCACCGGCACCACAUUUGCUCAGGCCAAUCUACACCCCAUGGCCAUUAAAAGUUAUUCAAAUCAUGACGCUGCACCCCACGGUUUAGGUUCUAGGGGGCGCCAAAGAUAACUCUAAAAUCCACAUAUUUCAAAGUCUUAUAACUUUUUAUUUUUGCCCUCACUGGCCUCCAAGUUUUCUAGGAUGAUGCAAUGUCCAGCCAUCAACACAUUUGUGAAGGAAUUUUUACUCCCCAAAAGAGCGCCCCCCCAUGGCAGGAGAAAAAAGUCCAUUUUUUCUUGUCGCCUAAGGUGAAAAAACACAUUGUUGACUGUCAUACCUGUACGCUUUGUCAAAUUGACACAAAAUUUGACAAUCACAUGUAUCUCAAUAAGAUCUACGAAAAAGUCAAUGCGCGCGUAUCUGUAAAAUGUACGGUUAAAGGGCUAUUUCGCAUUUUUUGCUGAUUCGCACACAUUGGAAUGUGGCUAACUCCUCCUAAGGCUUUCGUCCCACUGACACCAAAUUUGCUCAGGCCAAUCUACACCCCAUGGCCAUUCAAAGUUGUAAAAAUCAUGACGCUGCACCCCACGGUUUACGUUCUAGGGGGCGCCAAAGAUGACCCAAAUAUCCACAUUCUUAAAAGAAUCCACAUCCCCCCCCAUCCCCCAUCCCCCAUGGCAGGAGAAACAGUCAAGUUUUUCCUGCCCAUCACUCAAUGGCUCAAUCGCAUCACUCUCCCGGCAACACCGUAACGAGGAGCAACUUGCCGUUUGGAUAUAUCCUAGCUGUGUUUGUGCCCUCACUCAUGGUCCAGACUUUUUUCAAAUAGGACAUGUAGUUUGUCUGCAGCGAGUGUUUUGGUAGAAACUGCGCCUCCCAUUCAUUAUAAUGGGAAAUGACCACAGACAAGUGCGCACACCAUCUUUGGACCUUGAGUGUGACGCGAUCGGGAGGGGGAGGCGGUCGCGCUGGGGGCGGCGCAACGCGGCUCGGGCCCGCCAGUGCCCCACCGGGGUCCUAGUUAUUAUUUUUCCUCCCCUUUGAACUGGAAAAUGGCCCACUUCCCACUGGCGAAAACUCAUGAAAUUUGGCAGGACGACCGGGCCUGGUGAAAAAUUUGAUAUUCCGAAGUCGCCCAAACAAGAAAAUGCAAAAUGGCUCCAUAGCGCCCCCUAAGGUGAAAAUUCACACUAUUCACUGUCACGCCGGUACGCUUUGUCAAAAUGACACAAAAAUUGACACACACAUGUAUCUCAAUAAGAUCUACGAAAAAGUCAGUGCGGGCGUAUCUGUCAAAUGUACGGUUAAAGGGUUAUUUCGCAUUUUUUGCCGAUCCACACACAUCGGAAUUUCGCUAACUCCUCCGAAGGCUUUCGUUCCACCGGCACCACAUUUGCUCAGUCCAAUCUACACCCCAUGGCCAUUAAAAGUUAUUCAAAUCAUGACGCUGCACCCCACGGUUUAGGUUCUAGGGGGCGCCAAAGAUAACCCUAAGAUCCACAUAUUUAAAAGUCUUAUAACUUUUUAUUUUUGCCCUCACUGGCCUCCAAGUUUUCUAGGAUGAUGCAAUGUCCAGCCAUCAACACAUUUGUGAAGGAAUUUUUACUCCCCAAAAGAGCGCCCCCCCAUGGCAGGAGAAAAAAGUCCAUUUUUUCUUGUCCCCUAAGGUGAAAAUACACAUUGUUGAGUGUAACACCUGUACGCUUUGGCAAAAUGACACAAAAAUUGACACACACAUAUAUCUCAAUAAGAUCUACGAACAAGUCAAGGCGCGCGUAUCUGUCAAAUGUACGGUUAAAGGGUUAUUCCGCAUUUUUUGCCGAUCCGCACACAUUGGAAUUUCGCUAACUCCUCCGAAGGCUUUCGUUCCACCGGCACCACAUUUGCUCAGGCCAAUCUACACCCCAUGGCCAUUAAAAGUUAUUCAAAUCAUGACGCUGCACCCCACGGUUUAGGUUCUAGGGGGAGCCAAAGAUAACCGUAAAAUCCACAUAUUUAAAAGUCUUAUAACUUUUUAUUUUUGUCCCCACUGGCCUCCAAGUUUUCUAGGAUGAUGCAAUGUCCAGCCAUCAACACAUUUGUGAAGGAAUUUUUACUCGGCAAAAGAGCGCCCCCCCAUGGCAGGAGAAAAAAGUCAAAUUUUUCUUGUCCACUAAGGUGAAAAUACACAUUGUUGAGUGCUACGCCUGUAUGUUUUGUCGUAUUGACACAAAAUUUUACAUACACGUGUAUUUACAUAAGAUCUUCGAAAAAGUCAAUGGCCACGUAUCUGUAAAAUGUACGGUUAAAGGGUUAUUUCGCAUUUUUUGCAGAUUCGCACACAUUGGAAUUUCGCUAAUUCCUCCGAAGGCUUUCGUUCCACCGGCACCACAUUUGCUCAGGCCAAUCUACACCCCAUGGCCAUUAAAAGUUAUUCAAAUCAUGACGCUGCACCCCACGGUUUAGGUUCUAGGGGGCGCCAAAUAUAACCCUAAAAUCCACAUAUUUAAAAGUCUUAUAACUUUUUAUUUUUGUCCUCACUGGCCUCCAUUUUUUCUAGGAUGAUGCAAUGUCCAGCCAUCAACACAUUUGUGAAGGAGUUUUUUCUCUUUAAAAGAGCGCCCCCCCAUGGCAGGAGAAUAAAGUCAAGUUUUUCCUGUUCAUCAUUCAAUGGCUCAAACGCGCUGCUCUCUCGGCAAAAGCGAAAGGAGGAGCAACUUGCCAUUUGGAUAUAUCAUAGCUGUGUUUGUGCCCUCACUCAUGGUCCAGACUUUUUUCAAAUAGGACAUGGAGUUUUUCUGCAGCGAGCGUUUUGGUAGAAACUGCGCCUCCCGUUCAUUAUAAUGGUAAAUGACCACAAACAAGUGCGCACACCAUCUUUGGACCUUGAGUGUGACGCGAUCGGGUGGGGGAGGCGGUCGCGCUGGGGGCGGCGUGACACGGCUCGGGCCCGCCAGUGCCCCAACGGGGCCCUAGUUCUUUCUUUCUUUCUUCUUAUUUUUCCUCCCCUUUGAAGGGGAAAAUGGCCCACUUCCCACUGGCGAAAACUCAUGAAAUUUGGCAGGACGACCGGGCCUGGUGAAAAAUUCGAUAUUCUGAAGUCGCCCAAACAAUAAAAUGCAAAAUGGCUCCAUAGCGCCCCCUAAGGUGAAAAUUCACACUAUUGACUGUCACGCCUGUACGCUUUGUCAUGUUGAAACAAAAAUUGACACACACGUGUAUCGCAAUACGGUCUACGAAAAAGUCAGUGCGGGCGCAUCUGUGAAAUGUACGGUUAGAGGGUUAUUUCGCAUUUUUUGCAGAUCUGCACACAUUGGAAUUUCUCUAACUCCUCCGAAGGCAUUCGUUCCACCGGCACCACAUUUGCUCAGGCCAAUCUACACCCCAUGGCCAUUAAAAGUUGUACAAAUCAUGACGCUGCACCCCACGGUUUACGUUCUAGGGGGCGCCAAAGAUAACCCAAAAAUCCACAGUCUUAAAAGUCUUAUAACUUUGUAUUUUUGUCCUCAAUGGCCUCCAAGUUUUCUAGGAUGAUGCAAUGUCCAGCCAACAACACAUUUGUGAAGGAAUUUUUACUCCCCAAAAGAGCGCCCCCCAUGGCAGGAGAAAAAAGUCAAUUUUUUCUUGUCCCCUAAGGUGAAAAUACACAUUGUUGAGUGUCACGCCUAUACGCUUUGUCAUAUUGACCCAAAAUUUGACAAUCACGUGUAUCUCAAUAACAUCUACGAAAAAGUCAAUGGGCACGUAUCUGUAAAAUGUACGGUUAAAGGGUUACUUCGCAUUUUUUCCCGAUCCGCACACAUUGGAAUUUCGCUAACUCCUCCGAAGGCUUUCGUUCCACCGCCACCAAAUUUGCUCAGGCCAAUCUACACCCCAUGGCCAUUCAAAGUUGUACAAAUCAUGAUGCUGCACUCCACGGUUUAGGUUCUAGGGGGCGCCAAACAUAACCCUAAAAUCCACAUUCUUAAUAGUCUUAUAACUUUUUAUUUUUGUCCUCACUGGCCUCCAAGUUUUCUAGGAUGAUGCAAUGUCCAGCCAUCAACACAUUUGUAAAGGAAUUUUUACUCUCGAAAAGAGCGCCCCCCCCCAUGGCAGGAGAAAAAAGUCCAUUUUUUCUUGUCCCCUAAGGUGAAAAAACACAUUGUUGAGUGUCACUCCUAUACGCUUUGUCGAAAUGACACAAAAUUUGACACACACGUGUAUCUCAAUAAGAUCUACGAAAAAGUCAAUGUGCACGCAUCUGUAAAAUGUACAGUCAAAGGGCUAUUUCGCAUUUUUUCCCGAUCCGCACACAUUGGAAUUUCGCUAACUCCUCCUAAGGCUUUCGUCCCACCGACACCAAAUUUGCUCAAGCAGAUCUACAUCCCAUGGCCAUUCAAAGUUGUAAAAAUCAUGACGCUGCACCCCACGGUUUACGUUCUAAGGGGCGCCAAAGAUGACCCAAAUAUCCACAUUCUUAAAAGAAUCCACCCCCCCCCCCCCCCAAGGCAGGAGGAAAAGUCAAGUUUUUCCUGCCCAUCGCUCAAUGGCUCAAUCGCAUCGCUCUCCCGGCAACACCGUAACGAGGAGCAACUUGCCAUUUGGAUAUAUCCUAGCUGUGUUUGUGCCCUCACUCAUGGUCCAGACUUUUUUCAAAUAGGACAUGUAGUUUGUCUGCAGCGAGUGUUUUGGUAGAAACUGCGUCUCCCAUUCAUUAUAAUGGGAAAUGACCACAGACAAGUGCGCACACCAUCUUUGGACCUUGAGUGUGACGCGAUCGGGAGGGGGAGGCGGUCGCGCUGGGGGCGGCGCGACGCUGCUCGGGCCCGACAGUGCCCCACCGGGGCCCUAGUUCUUUCUUUCUUUCUUUCUUCUUAUUUUUCCUCCCCUUUGAAGGGGAAAAUGGCCCACUUCCCACUGGCGAAAACUCAGGAAAUUUGGCAGGACGACCGGGCCCGGUGAAAAAUUCGAUAUUCUGAAGUCGCCCAAACAAUAAAAUGCAAAAUGGCUCCAUAGCGCCCCCUAAGGCGAAAAUUCACACUAUUGACUGUCACGCCUGUACGCUUUGUCAUUUUGACACAAAAAUUGACACACACGUGUAUCUCAAUACGGUCUACGAAAAAGUCAGCGCGGGCGCAUCUGUGAAAUGUACGGUUAGAGGGUUAUUUCGCAUUUUUUGCCGAUCUGCACACAUUGGAAUUUUGCUAACUCCUCCGAAGGCUUUCGUUCCACCGGCACCACAUUUGCUCAGGCCAAUCUACACCCCAUGGCCAUUAAAAGUUGUACAAAUCAUGACGCUGCACCCCACGGUUUACGUUCUAGGGGGCGCCAAAGAUAACCCAAAAAUCCACAGUCUUAAAAGUCUUAUAACUUUUUAUUUUUGUCCUCACUGGCCUCCAAGUUUUCUAGGAUGAUGCAAUGUCCAGCCAUCAACACAUUUGUAAAGGAAUUUUUACUCCCGAAAAGGGCGCCCCCCCAUGGCAGGAGAAAAAAGUCCAUUUUUUCUUGUCCCCUAAGGUGAAAAAACACAUUGUUGACUGUCACGCCUAUACACUUUGUCAAAAUGAUACAAAAUUUGACACACACGUGUAUCUCAAUAAGAUCUACGAAAAAGUCAAUGUGCACGUAUCUGUAAAAUGUACGGUUAAAGGGUUAUUUCGCAUUUUUUCCCGAUCCGCACACAUUGGAAUUUCGCUAACUCCUCCGAAGGCUUUAGUUCCACCGCCACCAAAUUUGCUCAGGCCAAUCUACACCCCAUGGCCAUUAAAAGUUGUAAAAAUCAUGACGCUGCACUCCACGGUUUAGGUUCUAGGGGGCGCCAAAGAUAACCCAAAAAUCCACAUUCUUAAUAGUCUUAUAACUUUUUAUUUUUGUCCUCACUGGCCUCCAAGUUUUCUAGGAUGAUGCAAUGUCCAGCCAUCAACACAUUUGUGAAGGAAUUUUUACUCCCCAAAAGAGCGCCCCCCCAUGGCAGGAGAAAAAAGGCCAUUUUUUCUUGUCCUAUAAGGUGAAAAUACACAUUGUUGAGUGUCACGCCUGUACGCUUUGUCAUAUUGAAUCAAAAUUUGAUAAUCACGUGUAUCUCAAUAAGAUCUACGAAAAAGUCAAUGCGCACGUGUCUGCAAAAUGUACGGUUAAAGUGCUAUUUCGCAUUUUUGGUUGAUUCACACACAUUGGAAUGUGGCUAACUCCUCCUAAAGCUUUGGUUCCACCGGCACCACAUUUGCUCAGGCCAAUCUACACCCCAUGGCCAUUCAAAGUUGUACAAAUCAUGACGCUGCACCCCACGGUUUACGUUGUAGGGGGCGCCAAAGAUAACCCAAAAAUCCACAUUCUUACAAGUCUUAACUUUUUAUUUCUGUCCUCACUGGCCUCCAAGUUUUCUAGGAUGAUGCAAUGUCCAGCCAUCAACACAUUUGUGAAGGAAUUUUUACUCGCCAAAAGAGCGCCCCCCCAUGGCAGGAGAAAAAAGUCCAUUUUUUCUUGUCUCCUAAGGCGAAAAUUUACACUAUUGACUGUCACACCUUUACGCUUUGUCAAAAUGACACAAAAUUUGACACACACAUGUAUCUCAAUAAGAUCUACAAAAAAGUCAGUGCGGGCGUAUCUGUCAAAUGUACGGUUAAAGGGUUAUUUCGCAUUUUUUGCCGAUCCGCACACAUUGGAAUUUCGCUAACUCCUCCGAAGGCUUUCGUUCCACCGGCACCAAAUUUGCUCAGGCCAAUCUACACCCCAUGGCCAUUAAAAGUUGUACAAAUCAUGAUGCUGCACCCCACGGUUUACGUUCUAGGGGGCGCCAAAGAUAACCCAAAUAUCCACAGUCUUAAAAGUCUUAUAACUUUUUAUUUUUGUCCUCACUGGCCUCCAAGUUCUCUAGGAUGAUGCAAUGUCCAGCCAUCAACACAUUUGUGAAGGAAUUUUUACUCGCCAAAAGAGCGCCCCCCAUGGCAGGAGAAAAAAGUCCAUUUUUUCUUGUCUCCUAAGGCGAAAAUACACAUUGUUGACUGUCACGCCUUUACGCUUUGUCAAAAUGACACAAAAUUUGACACACACAUGUAUCUCAAUAAGAUCUACGAAAAAGUCAAUGCGAGCGUAUCUGUUCAAUGUACGGUUAAAGGGCUAUUUCGCAUUUUUUGCCGAUUCGCACACAUUGGAAUGUGGCUAACUCCUCCUAAAGCUUUUGUCCCAUCGGCUUCAAAUUUGCUCAGGUCAAUCUACACCCCAUGUCCAUUCAAAGUUGUACAAAUCAUGACGCUGCACCCCACGGUUUACGUUCUAGGGGGCGCCAAAGAUAACCCAAAAAUCCACAGUCUUAAAAGUCUUAUAACUUUUUAUUUUUGUCCUCACUGGCCUCCAAGUUCUCUAGGAUGAUGCAAUGUCCAGCCAUCAACACAUUUGUGAAGGAAUUUUUACUCCCCAAAAGAGCGCCCCCCAUGGCAGGAGAAAAAGUCAAGUUUUUCCUGCCCAUCGCUCAAUGGCUCAAACGCAUCGCUCUCUCGGCAAAACCGAAAGGAGGAGCAACUUGCCAUUUGGAUAUAUACUAGCUGUGUUUGUGCCCUCACUCAUGGUCCAGACUUUUUUCAAAAAGGACAUGGAGUUUGUCUGCAGCGAGCGUUUUGGUAGAAACUGCGCCUCCCAUUCAUUAUAAUGGUAAAUGACCACAGACAAGUGCGCACACCAUCUUUGGACCUUGAGUGUGACGCAAUCGGGAGGGGUAGGCGGUCGCGCUGGGGGUGGCGCGACACGGCUCGGGCCCGCCAGUGCCCCAACGGGGCCCUAGUUCUUUCUUCUUUCUUUCUUUCUUUCUUUCUUCUUAUUUUUCCUCCCCUUUGAAGGGGAAAAUGGCCCACUUCCCACUGGCGAAAACUCAGGAAAUUUGGCAGGACGACCGGGCCCGGUGAAAAAUUCGAUAUUCUGAAGUCGCCCAAACAAUAAAAUGCAAAAUGGCUCCAUAGCGCCCCCUAAGGCAAAAAUUCACACUAUUGACUGUCACGCCUGUACGCUUUGUCAUUUUGACACAAAAAUUGACACACACGUGUAUCUCAAUACGGUCUACGAAAAAGUCAGCGCGGGCGCAUCUGUGAAAUGUACGGUUAGAGGGUUAUUUCGCAUUUUUUGCCGAUCUGCACACAUUGGAAUUUCGCUAACUCCUCCGAAGGCUUUCGUUCCACCGGCACCACAUUUGCUCAGGCCAAUCUACACCCCAUGGCCAUUAAAAGUUGUACAAAUCAUGACGCUGCACCCCACGGUUUACGUUCUAGGGGGCGCCAAAGAUAACCCAAAAAUCCACAUUCUUAAUAGUCUUAUAACUUUUUAUUUUUGUCCUCACUGGCCUCCAAGUUUUCUAGGAUGAUGCAAUGUCCAGCCAUCAACACAUUUGUAAAGGAAUUUUUACUCCCGAAAAGGGCGCCCCCCCAUGGCAGGAGAAAAAAGUCCAUUUUUUCUUGUCCCCUAAGGUGAAAAAACACAUUGUUGACUGUCACGCCUAUACGCUUUGUCAAAAUGACACAAAAUUUGACACACACGUGUAUCUCAAUAAGAUCUACGAAAAAGUCAAUGGGCACGUAUCUGUAAAAUGUACGGUUAAAGGGCUAUUUCGCAUUUUUUGCCGAUUCGCACACAUUGGAAUGUGGCUAACUCCUCCUAAGGCUUUCUUCCCACCGACACCAAAUUUGCUCAAGCCAAUCUACAUCCCAUGGCCAUUCAAAGUUGUAAAAAUCAUGCCGCUGCACCCCAUGGUUUACGUUCUAGGGGGCGCCAAAGAUGACCCAAAUAUCCACAUUCUUAAAAGAAUCCACAUCCCCCCCCCCCCCCCCCCCCCCCCCAAGGCAGGAGAAAAAGUCCAGUUAACCCUGCCCAUCGCUCAAUGGCUCAAUCGCAUCGCUCUCCCGGCAACACCGUAAGGAGGAGCAACUUGCCAUUUGGAUAUAUCCUAGCUGUGUUUGUGCCCUCACUCAUGGUCCAGACUUUUUUCAAAUAGGACAUGGAGUUUGUCUGCAGCGACCGUUUUGGUAGAAACUGCGCCUCCCAUUCAUUAUAAUGGGAAAUGACCACAGACAAGUGCGCACACCAUUUUUGGACCUUGAGUGUAAUGCAAUCGGGAGGGGGAGGCGGUCGCGCUGGGGGCGGCGCGACGCGGCUCGGGCCCGACAGUGCCCCACCGGGGCCCUAGUUAUUAUUUUUCCUCCGCUUUAAACUGGAAAAUGGCCCACUUCCCACUGGCGAAAACUCAUGAAAUUUGGCAGGACGACCGGGCCUGGUGAAAAAUUCGAUAUUCUGAAGUCACCCAAAGAAUAAAAUGCAAAAUGGCUCCAUAGCGCCCCCUAAGGUGGAAAUUCACACUGUUGACUGUCACGCCUGUACGCUUUGCCAUAUUGACACAAAAAUUGACACACACAUGUAUCUCAAUAAGAUCUACAAAAAAGUCAGUGCGGGCGUAUCUGUCAAAUGUACGGUUAAAGGGUUAUUUCGCAUUUUUUGCCGAUCCGCACACAUUGAAAUUUCGCUAACUCCUCCGAAGGCUUUCGUUCCACCGGCACCACAUUUGCUCAGGCCAAUCUACACCCCAUGGCCAUCGAAAGUUGUACAAAUCAUGACGCUGCACCCUACGGUUUAGGUUCUAGGGGGCGCCAAAGAUAACCAAAAAAUCCACAUUCUUAAAAGUCUUAUAACUUUUUAUUUUUUUCCUCACUGGCCUCCAAGUUCUCUAGGAUGAUGCAAUGUCCAGCCAUCAACACAUUUGUGAAGGAAUUUUUACUCCCCAAAAGAGCGCCCCCACAUGGCAGGAGAAAAAAGUCCAUUUUUUCUUGUCCCCUAAGGUGAAAAUACACAUUGUUGACUGUCACGCCUGUACGCUUUGUCAUAUUGACACAAAAAUUGACACACACAUGUAUCUCAAUAAGAUCUACGAAAAAGUCAAUGGGCAUGUAUCUGUAAAAUGUACGGUUAAAGGGCUAUUUUGCAUUUUUUGCUGAUUCGCACACAUUGGAAUGUGGCUAACUCCUCCUACAGCUUUCGUCCCACUGACACCAAAUUUGCUCAGGCCAAUCUACACCCCAUGGCCAUUCAAAGUUGUAAAAAUCAUGACGCUGCACCCCACGGUUUAGGUUCUAGGGGGCGCCAAAGACAACCCUAAAAUCCACAUAUUUAAAAGUCUUAUAACUUUUUAUUUUUGUCCUCACUGGCCUCCAAGUUUUCUAGGAUGAUGCAAUGUCCAGCCAUCAACACAUUUGUGAAGGAAUUUUUACUCCCCAAAAGAGCGCCCCCCCAUGGCAGGAGAAAAAAGUCCAUUUUUUCUUGUCCCCUAAGGUGAAAAUACAUAUUGUUGAGAUUCACGCCUAUACGCUUUGUCAUAUUGACACAAAAUUUGACAAUCACGUGCCUUGCCUGGUAUCAUUUUUUUUCAGCACAACCUCACCUGUGCGAAUUUACAGUUAUUUUAUCAUGUUGACAUACUGAAUUUACACAAUGGACCCAAAUUCACACACAAAACAUAAAAUCCGAGUGGAAAAAAGUAACAUUUUUACUGUGAAAACCACAAAUAUGUGUGAUGAACUGUUUUUAAAACUUAAACUUCAAAUAAAAAUUGUAAACUUCAAAACAUAUGCAAAUUUUUAACAAAGAACAUAGUGAUUUACCUCUAUUUACAUCAAAAUGCAGGCAAUGGCCCAGGCGUUCUUUGUAAAAUUAUUUACAAAACACUGUAUAGUCUCACAAAUGUCACUUUUUAUUUAUGCCACUACAAAAAAACAUGAUGUAAAUGAUGCAUGAUGUAAAACAUGAUGUAAAAAACUUGUGUAGAUCCUCCUCUAUGUCAGUCCAUGUGUAAUUUUUCCAUAAUUCUUUGUUUUUUGCAGCAUUUUUGUUAGUGUAACUGCAGAUUGUGCUGACAGUGUCUAUGGCACAAAAGAAAAAAAAAAAAAAAAAUUAAAAUGCCUCAACAUGAACCCCUGGUGGUCUCUGAGGGUGAAACCUGCUAACUGCUGCAGCUCUGUCAGCUUCAGUCUCCCAUGCAGAGCUCGGAGCGCAUGUGUGGCUCUGCACCCUUAGCAGCGUUGCUAACUCCUCAGUAAGGAAAGCCUGCUUCAUGUCAGAGUCUCUAAACUCCAGAAGAAGUCGAUAAAAGUCCCUUUCUUUCUAAAAAAAAGUCGUUAGGGGGUCUGAAAAGUCAUUGAAUCUAACAACAAAGUCGCUAGGUUUGCAACUACGUGUCCCAGACUGCAUCACUGCUGAGAGUCCCUCCCUCCCUUCUCAUGUUGCAGGAAGAACGUAAGCGCCCGCCCCUUGUCAAUCAGUCACCAUAUAAUUUUGGAUUGGUUGUUGUGGUGAAGUUUUCCACCAAUAGGAGAGAUGUUGUGGUGUGUUUUUUUUUUCUUUUGGCAAGCCUUUUCCGCCUGUAAGACCUGUCGCUAAUGUCUGCAUGCUAUGUUUUCCUGUCUCAUACAGCGCGAUCGAGCGCCGAACGUGAUCAAAAUAAGCAGAAAAAAAGUAUCGCGGACAUAAUUUAUCAUAACUCUGGUUUUAUUUGGCCUAUCAACACAAUUUAAAAACUGGUAUAUAGGUUGAGGUCCUCACUUUUGAGAUAAGUUGAAACGGAGAGUCAACGAGGCUCCGUCUUGCAGCUACAUCCGGUUAAAUAUGUCAUGUGACUUGAACGCACACACAGACACACACACACGCACACACACACACACACACUCAGAGUCUGGUUUUUAGCACCUGCAAAAACAUGCUAUUUACAUAUUUGACAAGAAUGCAGAGGCUCCUUUUGCCCCUGAAAAAAAUCAAAUUUCAAACACAACUUGACUGGUCAUUUCUCUAAAAGACAACCAUGAAGCUCCAUCCAAACCUGAAGCAGGCAGUUGGUGCAUGUGUACAGUAACCUGAGGGGAGUGAGGUGAGUGCUUCUGAGGAGAACAUGAGCAGUGAAGAUUCACCUUGGAGCUAGAACAGAGACAUGCACAUGAUUAUACAGGGGCAGGGGCUCAAGUUUUUUCCAGUCGUUUAUACAAUAUGGAAAUUAAUGUGAAAUUAAAACACAAAGUAUUAAUAGAAAGGUAAUGACUGUCCUGUGUAGGUGACAGUGAUAUCCAAUAGGCUAGGCACUCACGAGGCUGGCUGUGGCAAGUGUAAGUGAAAGCAACACGCACUGGCAGGAAGAACAGCAAACGCCGAUGAAGGAAAAGGGUCUUUGCAGUGAUGGGCGUUACCAGAGAGGACGAUGGCCAGAGGACGCGAAUGGGACGGGGAGGCAGCGCGUUGGGGGGGGGCGCGACACAGCUCGGGCCCGCCAGUGCCCCAACGGGGCCCUAGUUUUAUCUGCUUUGGGCUUAACGGCAGCUCUGGGGUUGCUCCUACAGUAUUGAAUUGUUUUUUUCUCUCAGUAACAAGAGGCAUUUCAUCUUUAAAUAUAUUGAAAUAAAACAAACAAAAUACAGUAGUGACUGUAGUGCUGUAUUCAUUUAUUAUCAGUGAAACAGAGGGCAGGGGCAUUCAGAGAGCAGGGCCACACAAGCUCCAAUUCUAGGAACCUAAGCACCAAGCAGGACAAAGCAGUGUGUGAUCCUCCUGCCUGCAAGUAAUGUAAAUGAGACAAUGAAUGACAAGACGCAGGAAAAUAAAACAAAACAGCCAAAUUCAUUCAUAUGAUCCAAAAUAUUGUGUAUCAUAACAUACAUAUUAAAUACAUUUUUCCUAUCAGGACAAUGUAAAAUGAUAGAUUCACUGGUCACUGUUCACUGGUUGCCUUGCUGCUGUUCCUCACAACUGUAAUGUUACAGCAAAGCUGCAAUAAUGAAUUGUGGUUGUUGCUCCCUCCACUAGCAUGAAUACUUACCCAGGUGUGACAGUUGGCUUCGGUGCUUAACUUCCUAAAACUGGAGCUGUGUGGCGCUGCCGCUACUUCCUGCUUGCUCCUGUCAGUGUUAGCCGUCCUUUUUUGACAAACAAAAAAACUCUUAUAACCAUUUUUUUAUGCUUGCUGGGGAGUCCGCCUUCUGCUGCACCAAGUUCGUCUAUGAAUGUUUGAACUUUCACUCGGUAAGCGGCCUGCCCCCCUUUAGCUGUAAUUGUCUAACAUGUUGGCUUCGAUCGAUUGAAUUGGUUGGACUGAUUGACAUGUGAAGAAAGAUGGGAUUAACUGAAGAUGACUACUCUGACGGAAAAAACAAACCCCAAAUCAGAUUAAUAGAAGAUUUUACUUUUAGUCCAGGGCGGGCACAGCCCCCCAAUGCCCGUCCAUGCUGCUGGGUCUGCACCAGGCAGAGAUGCCCCCUGAGCCCUCUGUUAUUUGCGCUAGCUAUGGAACCUCUAGCUGCUACCAUAAGACAAGACACUGCUAUUAGAGGAAUCUCUUUAAAUAAUCAUGUGCAUACAAUUUCAUUAUAUGCUGAGGCGUUUAGAUUUUUCUAAGCUCCCCUGCUCAUUCUACCCUGAAACUGACCAGUCCAAUUAAUAAUUAUAGCUCUUUUUCUGGUUAUGAAUUUUUUUUUUAAAUUAAAGCCAUGCCCCUCUGUAACUCGCAAACAUAAGUUCCAAAUAUCUCACAACCUUUUCGCUGGUCCCCAGCAGGCUUUUUAUAUCUAGGUAUAAAAGUCUCACCAUAUUUAAAAUAUUUAUAUAAACCAAAUUUUGCCCCGCUAUAACAAACUAUAAAACAAGAUCUUGAUAGGUGGUGGCCUGCCCCUGUCCCUUUUAGGUCGUAUCCGUUUGAUUAAAAUGAACCUUCUCCCGUGUCUCUUGUCCUACUUUCAGAUGGUGCCAGUUGUAUUGUCAAAGACGGUCUUUGCGAAAUUAAAUAAUGCUAUUAUUUCAUUUAUUUGGUGUAAAAAGAGGCCCAGGUUGAGAGACAGUUUUCUGUGUCUACCUGUUAAAGGUGGUGGCUUGGCUGCACCUUCUUUUCCAUUUUAUCUGUGGGCUGCACAGUUCCAGUUUUUGUUGGAAUGGUUUAUAGAGGACAUGUCCAUGUAGAUUCUCAUUCAUCUAGGUCAUGGUUUUCUUGAAGACUCCAAAAUCAGGCAACUGGACUGUGUAGAGUUGAGAAGACGUAUAUUUCUAGUGUUAUUGCUACUGGAGAAGGGGACAGACAACGACUGGGAGGAGUUUGAAAGAAUGGGUCGUAGAAACCCAUCUCUGGGUGUUCCCUCCUGAGGGUCAUUAACCUGAAAGGGUUGUUAACAACCCUUGUCAUGUGACCACAUGACUCAUGCCACCUGAGUCAUAUGGUCCCAGGUGUGAAUGUUUGUGGAGUUUCCUGGGAAGAGAGCUAAGAACAGCAUUGUAAGUGCCGGAGAGAUUGUGCCUGAGUGCCCCCCCCCCCCCUCUGUUCAGAGAAGGUUUCUCCCGUCUGGUAAAGAUGGCUUCUUUCACUCCUCUUUCAAACCAUCUGUCUUCUCUAUCCAACACCUGUACAUUACUGUCCUCGAAAGAGUUACCUGUGUCCUUUAAGUGUAGGUGGACAGCUGAGUCCUGACCUGAGGAAGUCCUGACCAUUGAAGUGUACAGGAAACCCACACACAUGGAUCAAUAUUUACUUUUUGAUUCCCAUCAUCCUCUGCAGCACAAACUGGGUAUUGUCUGUCCCCUUCUCCGGUAAGAUAAAUAUCUGCUCCUCACACUAGCAAUAAUUAGAACUGAAGAAGCUUCUUGGAUAAGAGGCAAAAUGUCUUCUCAACUCUACACAGUCCAGUUGCCUGAUUUUGGAGUCUUUAUAGAGGACACUGAUUCUGUCUGGCUCAGUUGCUUAUCUACCUCUUUAGAUAACAUCCCCCUACAGAAUUUACUGUAUACCUCUACUGACAGGGCUGCUACAUUAGUAAAAGACAAUGUGCUUUGAAAGAAUAUGUUGAACAUUUAGCGUUAAGUCAGGAAAUUAGACAGGUACAAGAAUUGCUUCUCUCCAGGAUGGUCACGCUAAAUGACAUUCAACUCACAUUCCAACAAGUGACAAGUAAAUAUACGGUUUCCAAUAAGGAUUUCUUUAAAUUCCUACAGGUUCUGAACUUUAUCUUGUCUAACUUGAAAGAGUUCACUGGAGGCCUGGCUAUUUCUCCUAUCAAAUCUCUAUUGGUAAAUAAUAUGCAACUCAAAUUUUUCACAAAGAAGCUUUACAAGAUCCUCUGUAACUUAAAUGUUGAUAACUCAGGUAAAGUGAGAGGCCGUUGGGAAUCUGAUUUGGGUGCAACAGAAUCUGAGGCUUGCGCUGUGCAGCCAGCCCUCCAGGGUUUUGGUGUCUAUGGCCCUUAAUUAUCAAGCUUGCAUACGGCAGAAAACGUACUAAAUACUUUCAAUAAUAGGAGCAACGUACCCUAUGUCAUUGCAAUAAAAAAAUAUGAGACAUCUAUGAGAUAUUAAUUUAUCAUCAUGAGCAACUUAUUGAAUCAUGAUGAUUUAUUCAAACUUUAUCCACUAUUCUGUGACAGUGCUGUUCACCGCCCCCAUAAUCCUGCUCCAGACAGGAGUUUUCUGGACUGCUUUAAUACCAGUUUUGAUGCUUCCAAAGAGCAAAUCCGUGUUAGUUUCCACCACAGACAUGAGGAUAUCCACUUUCAGCUCAGAAAAGUUUUGCAUCUUUGUAAUAUUUCUCCUUUUUCAUGUUUGACCUCAGUGGGCGAGGCUUCUGAACCACGAAUAGUUAAGGGCAUGACAUGUAAAUGCCGAUCGAUUUCAGCCGCCGCAUUUAUCAAGACCCGACCAUAUGUAUGCUGGGAUUGGUCAGAUACAAACCCUUUCAUAAAUCUCACGUGUGGGGAAGGGGAAUGGCAGGCUGACUCACGUGGCAGGCUGACUCACGUGACGGACAGUGCGCGACUCAACAUGGCGGCGACCAGUCGCUAGAACAAACUUUCUCUCCGGACUUUAAAAUUAUUAUCAUUAUUUUUCUUUUCUGCAAGCUCUUCUUUUUUUUCACUCCCCAUAAACUUUGGCUCCAUCUCCACUAACGGACUACUUCAUUCAAUCAUCGACCUGGACCCUUUAGAGGACUACAUCGACUAUUACUUCACCAAAUACUGCAUAAUGAAUACGGCCACUUCAACCACCCCCGGAAAAUCCAGCUUCUCUCCAGCCUACAAAAGACCCUGUUCAGGUUCCUUACCCAGCACACACUCAUCUCCAUCCUCACCCCUGAGCCCACCCCAUCAUUUGGAGGUAAGCGAAAUUUUAUCUCCAUAAACCAGAAACUCUCCGGACUCGACACCAGAAUCGCACUCAUUGAAGUUUUACACAAAGAAUUCCAGUCACUCCGUCAGAGCUUAGAAUUCAGUCAAGGACAGAUCGAAAAACUCACCAAGGAAAACAAAACCCUCCAUAAAACCGUCAAUACCAUCACCGACCAGCUUACCUCUGUUACAACCCAGCUCACCACCACCACCGCCGCCGAAAAUAAAAUAAUGAAAGAAACAAUUCUGGAUUUACAAGCAUGCAGUAUGAGAGACAAUUUGGUAUUUUCCGGCAUCCCUGAACACAUCACAGAAGACCCAGAGAAAUCAGUAAAGGACUUAAUGAAAUCCCAGCUCAAACUCCCCGCAGACACAGUCAACAACAUCACAUUUCACCGCGUUCACCGUUUAGGACAGAAAAACACCACCACCAACAGACCCCGCCCGAUUGUCGCCAAAUUCGAACACUUUAAACAGAAAGAACUGGUCAAACAUCAAGGAAAACAGCUCAAAGGAACGGACUAUGGAUUAAAUGAUCAAUACCCGAAAUAAAUCAUGGACAGGUGCAAAAAACUCUUCCCCAUUCGCAAACAAAUGAUGUCAGAAGGAAAGAAAGCAGUAAUUUCAGUGGACAAACUUUACAUAAACGGACAGUUAUACCGCAGCAAGGAUAUCACCCCCUGGUUAUACUACCCCUGAGAUGGGUGUCUCAACGUUGAAGUGUACAGGAAACCAACACACACGGAUCAGUAUCUGCUUUUUGAUUCCCACCAUCCUCUACAGCACAAACUGGGUGUCAUCAGAACACUCAACCACCGGGCUGAGAAUAUUCCCACGAAGAAAGAAGGUAAGGAAAAGGAACAGAAGCACAUCAAAAAUGCCCUGACAACCUGUGGAUACCCUAAGUGGGCCUUUGUAAAGAACAGAAAGAGAAAUAACACUGAACACGAAACGGAGGAGAGACGCAAGAGCACUGUAAUCCCUUACGUUGCAGGCCUGUCGGAAAAACUCAAGAGGAUCUUUGGCAAACACCAUAUUCCUGUUCACUUCAAACCUGGUAACACACUAAGGUAGAAGCUAGUCCGUCCCAAGGACAAAACACCGAGACAUAAACAGAGUAAUGUGAUGUACGCUGUCCAGUGCAGCGAGGAAUGCUCGGACCUGUACAUUGGGGAAACGAAACAACCGCUUCACAAGCGCAUGGCUCAACACAGGAGAGCCACUUCCUCAGGUCAGGACUCAGCUGUCCACCUUCACUUAAAGGACACGGGUCACUCUUUCGAGGACAGCAAUGUCCAGGUGUUGGCUAGAGAAGACAGAUGGUUUGAAAGAGGAGUUAAAGAAGCCAUCUUUACCAGGCUGGAGAAACCUUCUCUGAACAGAGGGGGUGGACUCAGGCACAAUCUCUCUGGCACUUACAAUGCUGUUCUCAGCUCUCUCCCCAGGAAGCUCCACAAACAUUCACACCUGGAACCACAUGACCCAGGGGGCAUGAGUCAUGUGGUCACAUGACAGGAGUCGCUAACGACCCUUUCAGGUUAACGACUUGGGGGGGGGGGGGGCGACACCCAGAGAUGGGUUUCUACGACCCAUUCUUUUUAACUCCACCCAGUCGUUAUCUUCCCCCUUUCUCCAGCAAAGUAAAUAUCUGCUCCUCACACUAGCAUUUUUAGAACUGAAGAAGCUUCUUGGAUAAGAGGCGAAACGUCUUCUCAACUCUACACAGUCCAGUUGCCUGUUUAAGUCUUCAAGAUAUCUCUCUUUUCCUUUCUCAUACACAUGCACUCUCGCUCUCUCCUCCCGCUAUACAGACCCCUGCCCCCCUUCCCGCCGUUGUUUGCAAUAUCUGAUAAGGACAAUCAUAAAUAGUCACGCACCAACGUCUCGCCCCGCACUCUAUGCGCUCUGAUACGCAGCGCUCUCGGUGUUCUUUAUUGUUAUACGUUUGUGUUUUGUUUGCUGUUCGUAUGUGUGUAAACAUUACUGUAUAUGUUCCUUUUUGUUUUGUAUUCACUUGUCUAGUCUCUCUCUCUCGCUCUCUCUCUCACACUCACACACACACACACACGCAUACACACAUUCACUCACUCAGCAUAAUGAAUCCCUCUCCUUUUGAUCAAAGUCACCCAACAUGUCAGCAAUAAAAUUCGUUUCUUGGAACAUCCGUGGCAUUGGUACUCAGGCUAAGAAAAAUAAAGUAUUUAAUCAUCUCACCUCACUCCAUGCAGAUAUUUGUUUACUACAGGAAACACAUCUCUCAGAAUCAGACAACAUCAAAUUACAAUCAUCUCAGUUUAUUCACUCAUUCUCAUCACAUUUCAAUAAAAGACAAAGAGGAGUUUGUAUUUUAAUCAGUAAAUCAAUAUCAUUUAUACACAAUACCACCAUAAUAGACCCAGAAGGACGUUUUGUCAUCAUUAACAUAACAAUCAAUAAUAGCCCACUGACAAUUGGUAAUAUAUAUGGCCCAAACACUGAUGACCCGUCUUUUUUUCAUAAAUUCUUUUCAUCCAUAUCCAACUUUUCUGACUCCCCAAUAAUAAUUGGCGGCGAUUUUAACACAGUAUUAAACCCAUCAAUAGACAGAUCUAACACAUCAAGCAAUACACGCAUCUGGCAGUCCACUCAAACAAUAAUCCAGUUCAUGAGUGAUUUUGGUCCUGGCGACGGUUGGCGCCUACAACACCCAACUGUCAGAGAAUUCUCAUUUUUUUCAUCAGUACAUCAUUCAUAUUCACGCAUCGAUUUCUUCCUUACCAGCAAUUCAAUCAUGUCAAAUAUUUUUGAUCAUCAAAUCCACCCCAUCAUUAUCAGUGAUCAUACCCCAGUAUCAUUCAAAUGGAACCCAUCAAGACCACAAAAACCAGUCACCAGAUGGCGCUUUAACACAUCCCUCCUGAAAGAUCCUGAAUUUAACAACCUCAUCAAAAGAGAGUGGGUAUCCUUCCUGGAAAUAAAUGAUUCCCCAAAGCCAUCCCCCACACUUCUAUGGGAAACAGGUAAAGCAGUCAUCAGAGGAAUUAUCAUUUCAUAUUCAGCCUAUAAGAAAAAGAAAGAAAACAAACAAGAAUCUGAAUUACAAGAAAAAAUCAAACAGCUAGAAACUGUCAAUGCAACUAAUCCAACAGAAGAAAACGAGAAGAAAUUAAGAAAAUAUAAACUAGAAAUAAAUGAAAUUCUGAACAGGAAAACUAACUUCAUGAUCAGCAGGCUCCGACAGGAAAACUUCCAUCACAAUAACAAAUCCGGCAAAUAUCUUGCAAACCAAAUCAAAAGAAAUAAAAGAAAAAUCCACAAUCUCCACCAUCAUGAACUCAGCAGGGAAGUCAACAAACUCACCCGAUGAAAUAAAUCAAAUAUUCAGAGAAUUUUAUGUCAACCUAUACUCCUCAGAUAACACCCCUAAGGAAGAAGACAUCAGACUAUUUCUCACCAGCCUCAAUUUACCCCAACUCUCCCCUGAACAAAAAAACACAUUAGACACACCCCUAAAAACCGAAGAAAUCCAAUCUGCCCUCAACAGAAUGCCUAACAAUUAAGCACCCGGUCCUGAUGGCUUCCCUGCUGAGUUCUACAAACACUUCUGGUCCAUCUUAGCCCCACUUUUCCACAGAAUGAUAACAGAAACACAACAAACCUCCAGACUUCCACCCAACAUGAAUACAGCAUCCAUCUCACUGCUUCUUAAACCAAACAAAGACCCCACCCUGCCUUCAAGUUACCGCCCCAUUUCACUUCUCAACGUUGACAUUAAAAUUAUCACCAAGGCACUUUCUCACCGAUUAGAAAAAAUUAUUCCAUCCAUUAUUCACCCGGAUCAAACAGGAUUUAUUAAAGGAAGAAACUCAUCCAAUAACACACGCAGACUGUUCAAUAUAAUGCACCACUCAACCACACAUAACCAUAGUUCAAUCAUAGCCACCUUGGAUGCAGAAAAAGCCUUUGACAGAGUUAACUGGUCAUUCCUCAUCCACACCCUACACAGUUUCGGCUUUGGGGAAUCAUUUAUCAACUGGAUUAGAACACUUUACACCUCACUUACAGCCACAGUUAUUACUAACGGACAAACCUCACAAAGCUUCACUCUUCACAGGGGGACCAGGCAAGGUUGCCCACUCUCUCCCUCUUUGUUCACCAUUUUCAUUGAACCCCUAGCAGCAGCCAUCCGUCAGAACCCCCUCAUUACAGGAAUCCAAACCCCCAACAUGCAUCAUAAAAUCAGCCUCUAAGCAGAUGACAUUUUACUUUUUAUGGAGAAUCCAGAAUCAUCACUACAAGAAGUAAUCAGAGUCAUCAAAUCCUUCUCCCUUCUCUCUGACUACUCAAUAAACUGGAACAAAUCCUCCAUACUCCCAUUAAACACCAACAGUCUGGCUGUGGCAGCCCUUACAACACCCAUCCCCUUCUGCACAAGUCAUAUCACCUACUUAGGCAUCCACAUUUCCCCCAGGCUGUCAGAGUUGAUCAACCUGAAUUUCACUCCACUCCUAAAAACAAUCAAUGACGAUCUCCAACGAUGGAUGAACCUCCCAUUAUCUAUUAUAGGCAGAAUAGCAACAGUUAAAAUGACAAUCCUCCCCAAAAUCAGUUACCUUUGUUCAAUGAUUCCCACUCAUCCACCUCUCACCUGGGUUCAUUCCCUCGAUUCAUCCAUCAACAAAUUUUACUGGAAAAAUAAACCCCCACGAAUCAAACUGGCCACUCUUCAAAAAUCAAAAAGUUUAGGCGGACUCAAUGCUCCAAAUUUUCAUUAUUACUCACUAGCAAAUCAACUUCAAUACAUCUACAAAUGGACCCACCCCACCCAGUCAGAUAGCACUUGGUUAGAGUUAGACGUAGAACAAAUAGUUAGCAAAAACAUCCAUCUCUCAGACUUACCAUUCCUUAGUCAAACUAUCAAAAAACACCCCUGUUUCCAAAACCCCACAAUAUCAUCGGCCCUGACAGCCUGGUGGAAAUUCCACAGCAUUACUAACUCCACUUUGGCACCGUCGCUUUUCACCCCGAUCUGGCACAACCCGGACUUCAUCAGCAAUAAACAAUCACUAUACUUCAGCACCUGGGUAGAGAAAGGGAUUACUCACCUCAAACAUAUCUUCAACAAUAACACCCUGGUCCCAUUCUCUCUCCUGGUCCAGAAGUUUGGCAUCAGGAGCCAUCAAUUCUUACAAUAUCUACAGGUUUCAUCAUCCAUCCAAUCAACAAUGAAAAACAAGAAUAUAAACUUAGACCUCCCCCCGUUACCCUCUAAAUUCAUUAACAUCCCUUCCUCAAAGAAACUUUUAUCUAAAAUAUACAAAUUAUUAUCACAGGCCGAUUCAACACCCUCCAUACCUUCAGAAAAGUGGGAAACUGACCUCUCCAUUGCUCCUGAUGCUGACUUCUGGCCCCAAAUCUGCAAGAACAUUUUCUCCAUGACUACAAAUGCCAAUGCCAACAACUCAUACAAUACAAAAUCCUUCAUAGAACUCAUCUGACUGGACACAAAAUGCAAAAAAUGGGCUUCUCAUCAUCUGGAAACUGUUCACACUGCUCACUAAACUGCACUGAUACCUAUAUUCAUGCAACCUGGCACUGCACACCUGUUCACCACUUCUGGAGAAACAUUACAGAAACAUUAUCCCAGAUCAUGGGCUGCCACAUCCCACUUUCCCCUUCCCUCUGUUUAUUAGGAGACCUAUCUACAUUAUAACUUGACAAAACACACACACGUUCACUUCUAGUGGCGCUGACGGUCGCCAGGAAAACUAUCCUUAUGAACUGGAAGUCUCGGAACUCCAUACACAUCAUACACUGGAAAAACCUGCUCACAGACUACAUCUCCUUAGAAAAUACAAACUCCUCUGACAAUAAUCAUAACUCUACCUGGUUAUCAUUCAUCACUUUUCUACAAUCAUAAUCUGCCAACAUCAUCCAUCUCAGUUCUCUGACACUUUCAUUCCCAAUUUUUAUUUUUUAUUUUUAUUUUAUUUAUUUAUCUAUUUAUUAUUAUUAUUAUUUUAUUUUUUUUACUACAUAUUACUACACAUAUUAUGAUGAAUAUUAUUGUCAUUGUCAUUUUCUAUUAUUAUUUAUACUUAUUUAUUUAUAUACUUACAUUUACAGUUAUUAUUUACUGCUCGGGUCCCUGCUGGGUCGCGCCUGUUAGGCCAUGACCUGUGAUCUCCUUGCCCUCCCGGCCUCCCCCCUCCCCCAGUUCUCCGCCCUGGACUGUCUUCAGAUGGCACAUCACCUUUUUUAUUGCACAUCAUACUAGAUUAGGAAGAGGAAAGGGGUCUCAAUCACAUCAAAUUAUAGUUCAGGACAACCCCUCUCCUCGGUUUUAAUGCACAACAUUAGAAAGCACAUAUAUCAGAGAAAUUUUUUUAAAAAAGGGGGAAGAAAAAUAAUAAUAAUAAUAAUAAUAAUAAAAAUAAUAAUAAUAAAUAAAUAAAUAAAUAAUUAUAAAGUAUAUUAAGUAAAUAAUAAAGACUAAAUGCAGGGGUUGGGGAAUGCAGGCAGGUCUCUUGCGAGUGGAAAGGGACCCGAGGUAGUCCACAAAUUUCAAGACCCCCCUCCACCCAUAUUAUUAUUAUUGUUAUUCACCAUCUUUAUUAAUAUUGAAUAUUGUUGUUUUUGUUGUUGUUGUUGUUGUUGUUGUUCUUCUUCUUCUUCUUCUUCUUCUUAUUAUUAUUAUUAUUAUUAUUAUUAUUAUUAUUAUUAUUGUUAUUAUUAUUAUUAUAUUAUAAUUUCCAUUUGCUUGUCUGACAAUUGUAAUAUUUUUGAUCAUUAUUAUUCACAUAUAUAAUACACACCACACACACACACACACACACACACACACACACACACACACACACACACACAAAACCACAAAUGCUGUUGUUUGUUGUAUGUCUUGCACUGUCACUGUAAUGCCAUAUUGCACAAAAAAAACCAAAAACUAAAUAAAAAUAAAUCUCACGUGUGUUCCUUUCGUAUGAUGAAUCCUGCUCUCAGAUCUGCGCAAGAUUGAUAAAUGAGGGCCAAUCAGUGGAAACAAACUGUGACUAGUAUUAUUCUCUUUAAAGCUUUCUCCACAGCAUUGAAGGACAAAACCUUUCUAUUGUAUUGGACUUGGGAUCCAUUUCUGGACUACCAACGUAGGUACCACUGCAUCUUGUAGGAUGAGGUCAGCACUUCUAGAUCUGGCUCAGGAAAAGGAUGCUGAGCCAAGAAGUCUUUAGCCCCCACCCACAGAAAGAUUUCUUCCCCACCUUGUGGGAGGCUGGGCACAUGAUAUCCAAAUGGACCAAGCUGAAAGGUUUUAUUGAGGGAGUAGUUGUUAGAGGUUGUGGCUUCCAGGUCAACAGUGAAUGUGUAAAUGUUGUGUUGUACUUGUGGAAAUAAAAAAAAAAAUUACAACUAAACACAAAAAAUCUACAAGUACACAACUCAUAGAGUGCAGAUUUCACAUUUACUAAUACAGAUACACAAUCACUGUACACAACUACAAAUUACAUGUUACAGAUGCACAAACCUUUUGCACCAAAAAUACCUCAAUACACUUGUAACACAUUUUGCCACCACAAGAAGUCAUCUGAUUCACUUAGUAACCCUAACCCACUUCAUAAAUCUUUUGCAGUUUGAUUUCACAGCUGAAACAGCCAACAAUGUGACCCUAAAUCUUAUGGUUCCUUUUCAGAGUUGACCAGACCUCUGACAUCUCUACCAGUCAGUCCAAAAAUCACUUGGACACCAUAUUUCAGGUCUGUACAACUUCCUUAGAUCAUUUUAAAUUUCUAUUCUUAUUCGGAUAAUCUGUGUGCUCCACAAGAUGCGUGGAUUCUUAGCCUGUCAUAAAUGAUACAAUGUGGUGUUUAUAAUGCAUUCUUUUUCAGAAACUGGAAUACAAAAUUGUCACCUUUGUGAAGAAAGAGCUAAAGAAAUUUCAGAAGGAUCUGGAUCCCAAUUCUUGUAAGAGUACUGGCAGCCAGUGGAAAGAUAAGGGGAUGUUUGAUGAAGAAAAUGAUGAGGACGGAGAGGAGAGGAAGAGCAGUAGAAAUGCUCUUCUGAAGAUCAUGCAGCACUUCCUCAGGACGAUGAACCAGAUAGAGCUUGCUGACUGUCUCCAGAGAAGUGAGUGGAUUCCUUUGAAUACAGUAAGACCCUUAAUAAUGAAGCUGACAGAACCCUUAAUAACAGUGUGGGAAUAAAUCCCUUCUUGUGUCCAUUCAGAACAUCCUGUUCCAGUUUAUCAACAUAAACUCCGAUCAAACCUGAAGCAGAAGUUCCAGUGUGUGUUUGAGGGGAUUGCCAAAGCAGGCAACCCAACCCCUCUGAACCAGAUCUACACAGAACUCUAUAUCACAGAGGGGGGGCCUGGAGGGGUCAAUAGUGAACAUGAGGUCAGACAGAUUGAAACAGCAUCCAGGAAACCAGUCCAACCAGAAACAAUCAUUAGAUGUGAGGACAUCUUUAGACCCUUACCAGGCAGAGCUGCACCAAUCAGAACAGUGAUGACUAAGGGAGUAGCUGGCAUUGGGAAAACAGUCUUAACACAGAAAUUGACUCUGGACUGGGCUGAAGACAAAGCCAACCAGGACAUCCACUUCACAUUUCCAUUCAAUUUCAGAGAACUGAAUAUGCUUAAAAAGAAGCUUAGCCUGGUAGAACUUAUUCAUCACUUCUUUACUGAAACCAAAGAAGCAGGAAUCUGCAGCUUUGAACACUUCAAGGUUCUGUUCAUCUUUGACGGUCUGGACGAGUGUCGACCUCCUCUUGACUUCCACAACAAUGAGAUCCUGACUGAUGUUACAGAGUCCACCUCGGUGAACAUGUUGCUGACAAACCUCAUCAGGGGGAACUUGCUUCCCUCUGCUCGCCUCUGGAUAACCACUCGACCUGCAGCAGCCCAUCAGAUCCCUUCUGAGUGUAUUGACCUGGUGACAGAGGUCAAAGGGUUCACUGACCCUCAGAAAGAGGAGUACUUCAGGAAGAGAUUCACAGAUAAGGAGCAGGCCAGCAGGAUCAUCUCCCACAUCAAAACAUCCCGAAGCCUCCACAUCAUGUGCCACAUCCCAGUCUUCUGCUGGAUCACUGCUACCGUUCUCAGUGUGCUAAAGACCAGAGAGGGGGGAGAACUCCCAAAGACCCUGACUGAGAUGUAUAUUCAGUUCCUGGUGGUUCAGUCCAAAAUGAAGAACAUCAAGUAUGAUGGAGAAGCUGAGACUGAUCCACAUUGGAGUCCGGAGAGCAGGAAGAUGAUUGAGUCUUUGGGAAAACUUGCUUUUGAGCAGCUGCAGAAAGAUAACCUGGUCUUCUAUGAAUCAGACCUGACACAGUGUGGCAUAGAUAUCAGGGCAGCCGCAGUGUACUCAGGAGUGUUCACACAGAUCUUUAUUGAGCAACAAGGACUGUACCAGGAAAAAGUGUACUGCUUUGUCCAUCUGAGCGUUCAGGAGUUUCUGGCUGCUCUUCAUGUCCACCUGACCUUCACCAACUCUGGAGUCAACCUGAUGGAAGAAGAUCAACCACUCCCCCAGAAGUCAGCCACAAAAAAAGACAAAUCUGCAAAGGCGCACUUCUACCAGAGUGCCGUGGACAAGGCCUUACAAAGCGAAAAUGGACACCUGGACCUUUUCCUCCGCUUCCUUCUGGGCUUUUCAUCGGAGGCAAACCAGAAUCUACUGCAAGGCCAGCCAACACAGACAGAAAAUAGCUUAGACACCAAUCAGGAAACUAUCAGAUACAUUAAGGAUAGGAUCAGUGAGAAUCUGUCUGCAGAGAAAGGCAUCAAUCUGUUCCACUGCCUGAAUGAACUAAAUGACCAUUCUCUAGUGGAGGAGGUCCAACAGUCCCUAAAAUCAGGAAGUCUCUCCACUGAGAAACUGUCUCCUGCUCAGUGGUCAGCUCUGGUCUUUAUCUUACUGUCAUCAGAAAAAGAUCUGGAUGUGUUUGACCUGAAGAAAUACUCUGAUUCAGAGGAGGCUCUUCUUAGGCUGCUGCCAGUGGUCAAAGCCUCCAGGAAAGCUCUGUGAGUCAAGAGAUGAAUUUGUCACUAUUGAACUAGUUUUGUUUACACCAAAAAAUGUUAAAUCUUCCCUUUCCCUUUUCUGUAGACUGAGCAACUGCAACCUGUCAGAAAGAAGCUGUAAAGCUCUGUCUUCAGUCCUCAGCUCCCAGCCCUCUAGUCUAAAAGAGCUAGACCUGAGCAACAACAACCUGCAGGAUUCAGGAGUAAGGGUUUUGACUGCUGGACUGCAGAGUCCUAACUGUACACUGGAAUCUCUCAGGUCAGGGUUCAUUAACUUGGCUAUUUGAUCACCAUUUCACUUUUCAAACUACCUACCAGAAACAGCGUCAGAGUUAUUCAAAUACAAAUUAAACAGUAUGAACAAGUUUGACAAUGAAAGUAAUGCUCUGUAGAGGGUCAUUUUAAAUCUCUUCAGCACUCUUAAAUGAUUGCCCAUAUUUGCUGUUCUGUCAUUUUUCAGCCUGUCAGGAUGUCUAAUCACAGAGAAAGGGUUUGCCUUUCUAACAUCAGCGCUGACCUCAAAGCCCCCUCAUCUAAGAAAGCUGGAUCUGAGCUACAACCAUCCGAGAGACUCAGGACUGAAGCUGCUAAAAGGUUUACCUUGGAGGCCGGACACUCUUAGGUAUGAAGAAGACUGCUGUUGGUACAAGUGAUCGCUUUGAACGUGGAAUGAGUUUUAGACAAUUCAUGCAGUUUCCAGUUUAUCAACAUCAAUGGCUGCAAAGACUUAAUGCAUCAAAUAAUGGUCUCAUUCUUUCAGUGGCUCAGUGCCGCCAUCUGUCUUUCAUAGUUGAGGAUGGAUUUUAACUUUGUUGGUAAUCAGUUCUCCUUUUCAAACCCUCUGUAAAUCUGGGAGAACCCAGCAGACCAGGUCCUGAAGUCUGAAAGUGAAAUGUUGUCCCAUUUUUGCCUGAAACAGGAUUUCAGCUGCUCCAACAUUCAGGGUCUCCUUUGUCCUAUUUUUGGUGUCAUGAUGCUCCAAAUGUUUUCAAUGGGGGACAAGUCAGAACUUCAGGCAGGCCAGUUUAUCGGCAGGACUCUUCUACUACAGAGCCAUGCUGUUGUAAUCCCUCCAGAAUGUGGUUUGUCGUUGUCUUGCUGAAAUAUUAAGGUCUUCCCUAAAAAGGAAAUUGUCUGGGUGGCAGCAGAUGUUGCUCCUAAACCUGUCAAUCUUGUUCAGCAUAAUGAAGCCUUCACAGAUGUGGAAGCUACCCAUGACAUCAACUCAAGCUGGGUGGUUUCUCUGCAGACGACAUAGCGCAUAUGAGUUCCAAAAAGAAUGUCAAAUUGUAAAUCGGCCCCAGGACAGUUUUCUUCUUCCCCUCAGUCCAUCUUAAAUGGGCUCAGGUCCAGAGAAACUUUUCUUGUGUUUGCAUGGGUUCUCUCUAGGUACCCUAGAUUGCUCCUACAGUCCAAAAAUAUGCUUAUCAAGUUAAAGGUGGGGUAGGAAGGAUCUGAGGAAGUGACAGUUUUUGGGAGAAAUCUUGAAUGUAAACACUAACCCUCCCAACCAGUUUUCCCCUCAGCUCCUUCUCUCCCCUCCCUCUCUGCUCCAGCAAGCCCCGCCAACAAAGGCGCUCCUGCUCGCUCACAUUGUUUCAAUUAAAUCCAGAUAUGACUCGGGCGCCCUGAGAGUGGCAGCAAGUCACAGCAGCUCCUCAACGACUUCACGUUUUUGCGUUCUUAUUGUUGUUUUUUUGCACCUUUUUAUCUUUCUCUUCAUUCAGCAGUGUCGUGUCUGCAUAUUCCAGCCAUGGAUGUGCAGUUCAUGACUCUAGCACUUUGUUUUCUUUUAUUUUUCGGAGUUUUUAAGUCCGCGACCGGCGACCCUUUCAGCGGCCGCAUUGUUUACAGCCGUGAACAGCUGUUGGCGCUGCGCCAAGCCCGGCCACCUUCGUGGGAGAGACCGGACAUCCCCGCUAAGCUCCGCAGGAGAAGGAGAGGAUGCAGGGCUGGAGUUCAGCAUCGGGCAAAGCGGAGGCGUUACAAACCAACUGUCCCGUCCAUCAUCAUGGGAAACGUGAGGUCUCUCCCCAACAAGAUGGAAGAGCUCACAGCGCUAACUCGGCUGCAGUGGGAGUAUAGGGAAUGUAGCCUCAUGAUGUUCACGGAGUCAUGGCUGAACGAACUCACUCCGGACCCGCUCGUAACUUUGGACGGAUUUCACCUCGUCAGAGCGGACCGGAGCGUGAGGGAGAGUGGUAAGAAGAAAGGAGGCGGGAUAGCGGUGUAUGUGAAUGAGAGAUGGUGUAAUGCUGGGCACGUCAGUGUUAAAGAGCAGCUCUGCUCUAAGGACAUUGAGCUGCUGGCUGUGAGUUUGCGGCCUUAUUACCUGCCGAGGGAAUUUUCGCACGUCAUCGCGUUAACUGUUUACAUCCCCCCCUCGGCUGAGGCUGCUGCAGCCUGUGAACUCCUCCAUAACGAAGUGUCCAAGCUACAGACAUCACACCCUCAGUCUCUGAUCAUCAUCUCUGGAGACUUUAAUCAUGCAUCGCUGUCCUCCACUCUCCCUACCUUCAGCCAGUAUGUAAACUGCCCAACAAGAGACAAUAAAACUCUGGACUUACUGUAUGCAAACACCAAGGAUGCAUACACCUCCUCCCCGCUUCCCCCGCUGGGCCGCUCAGAUCACAACCUGGUGAGACUGCAGCCCAUUUACAUACCUAUGGUGAAGAAACAACCCCCCACCAUCAGGUAUGUUAAGAGGUGGUCUGAGGAGGCCACUGAGGCGCUGCAGGACUGUUUUGAGACCACAGACUGGGAUGUACUGUGCGGCCCACAUGGUGAUGACAUCGACACCAUGACUGACUGCAUCACGGACUAUAUUAACUUCUGUGUUGAGAACACCGUACCCACCAGGAAAGUACGGUGUUUCUCCAACAGCAAACCCUGGGUGACCCCGGAACUGAAAGUCCUCCUGAAGGAGAAGAGGAGGGUCUUUAAAUCUGGGGACAAGGAGGAGCUGAGGAGGGUGCAGAAGGAGUUGAAGAAGAAGAUCAGAGAGGGAAAGGCCAGCUACAAGACCAAGAUGGAAAACCUUUUGCAACAGAACAACGCAAGGGAGGUCUGGAGAGGCCUAAAAUCCAUCUCAGGUCAUAGCAGGGGCCAUGAGAGGGGAUCUGAAGCAGGAGACAGGGAGUGGGCCAACGAGCUGAAUCUGUUCUUCAAUAGAUUUGACUCUACUCCCACUCCUCCCCCGACUCAUCUAACCAACGACCCGUCUGCUGCUCCUCCUUCUUCUUAUUCUUAUUCACACCACCUCAGUCCCAUGGCACCGACACCAUCAACCCCCCUCCACUCAUCCUCCACCACCCCCUCCAGCACCACCCCCAGCCUCUCCAUAACAGCUGACCAGGUGAGAAGUGAGCUGAGGAAGAUGAAGCCAAGGAAAGCCACGGGUCCUGACGGCAUCAGCCCCAGACUCCUGAAAGACUGUGCAGACCAGCUCUGUGAGGUGCUACUGCACAUCUUCAGCUUGAGCCUGAGUCUGGAGAGGGUCCCAACACUGUGGAAGACUUCCUGCGUUUUUCCUGUCCCCAAGACAGCGCACCCUAGGGAGCCCAACCACUUCAGACCUGUGGCCCUCACUUCUCACCUGAUGAAGACUCUGGAGAGGAUCGUGCUGAGGAACCUCCGCCCCCUGGUGAGCUCUCAUCUGGAUCCUCUGCAGUUUGCGUACCAGCCGAACAUCGGGGUGGAUGACGCAGUCAUCUACCUGCUGCAGAGGUCCAUGGCUCACCUGGAGAACACUGGCAGCACUGUGAGGGUCAUGUUUUUUGACUUCUCCAGUGCGUUCAACACCAUCCAGCCUUCACUGCUCAGGGGGAAGCUCGAGCGGGCGGGAGUGGACUGUCACCUAGCCGCAUGGACAGUGGACUACCUCACCGACAGACCACAGUUUGUGAGGCUUCAGAACUGUGUAUCGGACAUGGUGGUCUGCAGCACGGGGGCUCCACAGGGGACAGUGCUCUCCCCCUUCCUCUUCACCCUGUACACCUCAGACUUCAGCUACAACUCUGGGAGCUGUCACCUCCAGAAGUUCUCUGAUGACACAGCCAUCGUCGGAUGUGUAUCGUCAGGGGACGAGCGGGAAUACAGGACUGUCAUCACUGACUUUGUCAACUGGUGUGGCACAAACCACCUCCAGCUCAACGCCAGUAAGACAAAGGAGAUGGUUGUGGAUUUCCGCAGGAGGGGGACACCUCAAACAGUUCCAGUGAACAUACAGGGUCUGGACAUCGAGAUGGUGGAGUCCUACAGAUUCCUGGGUGUCCACCUCAACAACAAACUGGACUGGUCAACAAACACAGACGUUCUGUACAAGAAGGGCCAAAGUCGUCUCCACCUGCUGAGGAGACUGAGGUCCUUUGGAGUGUGCAGGACUCUGCUCAGGACUUUCUAUGACUCUGUGGUAGCAUCUGCACUUUUCUAUGCAGUGGUCUGCUGGGGGGCAGGGAGCACCGAGAGGGACAGGAAGAGACUGAAUAGACUGGUCAGGAGGGCCGGUUCUGUCCUGGACUGCUCUUUGGACUCCCUGGAGGAGGUGGGUGAGAGGAGGAUGUUAACAAAGCUUAUAUCCAUCAUGGACAAUCCCUCUCACCCACUGCACCAGACUGUGGGGGCUUUAGGCAGCUCCUUCAGCAGCAGACUGAGACUCCCACCCUGCAGGACGGAGCGCUACCGCAGAUCAUUCCUCCCCUCUGCAAUAAGACUUUACAAUGAACAGUAACAAAACUGGAUUUACACCACCACUUUUUUUAUGGCAUUUAAAUUGUGUAUAUUGUAGAAAGCUUUAUUUUUUCUUCUCCCUUUUCUCUUUUCAAUUUUUUUUUUUUUUUUUUUUUUUUUUUUUUUUUUUUCUUAAUUAUUACAUUUAUUAAGUUCUUAAUAUUAGGACCCUUAUUGUUAUAACUGCAUUUUGCACUUUCUGUCUUGUCUGUGAUGCUGCUGUGACAAAAAAAUUUUCCCCAUGGGGGAUCAAUAAAGGAAUAUUCUAUUCUAUUCUAUUCUAUUCUAUAUAAUGCAGAUUGAGGGCUCUAUUUUCGUGUACGCCCGUGAGGCGGCAGAGGGCGGCGAGCCCCGCGCAGUUGUAUUUUUCGUCUGGCGCAGCCCGGUGUAUAGCCAGUUUGGUAUUUUCGUGGAAUGAGGCGCACGGAGGCGAGCCGAGAUCCGCCAAGCUGGGCGUGGUGGCAUGGCAGGGGGAGGUGUCGACAGAAUCAGCGGGCGCAGUGACAUUUUCGUGCUCGCCACCAGUGUGUAAAGUGCGCUGAAAGCUUGCCGAUUCAAACCUGGUCAGCUUUCAGCGCAGGCGGAACGCAGCUGGUCUAGUAGUAUUUUGGUAGACCGGCGGCAUAUCAGCAUACGUCAACGAUGCCUCACCGGCAGGUUUCCACAGUGUCAGGCACAUUUCAGUGCAAUAAAUAAUCAUCAACAACUAUUAAUCUGAGUCAGCACAUACAUUUAGAUCUAUAUAGAUAUAUUCUGAUCUAUAUCUAAUCUGAUGAGCGCGUUUGGCACGCGUUUGGACACACAACCUGACCGAAUCAACACAGCUGAAACCGCAUUAAAUUAAAUUAAAUAUCUAGUAAAUAGACACACAUGAUGAAGUUAACAAGAUAUGUAAUUUGUCUCCCUCCUUUUCUUUCUUCCUCUUCCUCUUAUUUCUCGCACAGCUCGACCUGGACACGUCUCCGUGUCCUCUCUCUGUCCUGCUGCAGCAGCGGCUGAACAGAUGAUUUGUUUCAGUGCUCAGAUGCGUUAUCUACUUUAAGCCGACAUACGGAUAUUAUAAUAUUCAGUUUUGUGAGCCAAAUUUAUUUUAUAUGCCAACAUCUAUGAAAGAAAGAGCCAGGCCAUGGAGCGCGAUGCAUCAUUUACGCACAGAAGGUUCCGAUUUUAAUGCCAUUAUUGGAAUUUAUGUUGUGAUCUGUGCGCUCAACCCACCUCUGUCACGUGAGGUUUGAAUAUGAGCAACUUUAUGUGAGUGUCUUUAUUUGUGGAAAAGGGUGUUUGUCUUACUAGUGGGUCAAACAUUACACACACCAAAUCCAUCUGUGCUCAUAUGAGAGAGUGUGGAGGACGCCCAAUGCAGCGCUUACAGUGACACUUGUUGAGGAGCUGCCCUUUGUCGCCAUCGUGUGGCAUAACUGUCUUCAGACAUCUCUUGAUCUCCUUGACUACUUCAUGAAAAUUGUAAUACGCCUCGCCGGUGGCGGAUUUAAAGGCAAGGAGAGGAGCUGAUGUGAUUGGUGAAAACAGGUCUCGGCUGUGUUAAACCCACUCCACGCCCUCUCUCCUCCCUCGCUAUGACUUACGCCGCUGGGAGGAGCUGAGUUAGGGAGGGGGGAUACUUACGCCGGGCUGCACCGCUCACCAAAAUACCAAAUUGUGCUUGGGAACGCCUUGUGGGCGCGGCGGACCUGACUUACGCCGCGCAUGCGCCGCGUCGCCGGUGAGGCACGAAAAUAGAGCCCAAAUACUUAAAAUGCCUUAAGUCAUGGAUGGCAGAUAAUUUCCUCCAACUCAACCAGAAUAAAACAGAGGUUUUAGUCAUUGGUCCUGAAGGCCUGAGAGAGAAACUUUUACCAAAACUACAAGAUUUUAAACCCUCACAAUGUGUUAAGAACCUGGGUGUUAUUUUUGACUGUGAGCUCACUUCACGAAGAUAGGUUUUUACCAUUUCAAGAAUAUAGCCAGAGUCCGCCCGUUUCUAUCUCAGGCCAGCACGGAGGUGCUCAUGCAUGCUUUUAUUUCGAGUCGCCUAGAUUAUUGUAAUGCCCUGCUCUCUGGUCUUCCCAAAAAAAGCAUUAGUAGCUUACAAUUACUACAAAACUCAGCCGCUCGUGUGCUGACGAGGACCAGAGGGCGGGAGCACAUUAAACCCAUUUUGAAAUCAAUGCAUUGGCUCCCCGUCCGCUUCAGGAUCGAUUUUAAGAUUCUUUUGCUGGUUUAUAAAUGUCUUAAUGGUCUUGAGCCGUCUUAUUUAUCUGAUCUGCUUUUAGCAUAUCAGCCCUUGCAGACCCUGAGGUCCUCUGGUACCGGCCUUUUAACUGUCCCACGAACCACGACAAAGACGCACGGUGAGGCUGCCUUCAGCCAUUACGGCCCUUACCGGUGGAACAGCCUGCCAGAGACCCUCAGGGCCGCAGAGACUGUUGAUAUUUUUAAAAAGAGGCUAAAGACACACCUUUUUAGUCUGGCGUUUAACUGAUCUUAUUUAAAACAUUAUUUUUAUUUGUUUUAAUCUUUUAUUUCCUAGCGUUUUACUGAUUUUAUUUAAAAUAUUAUUUUAUGUGUUCUAAUCUUUUAGUUCCUAGCGUUUAACUGAUUUUAUUUAAAAUAUUAUUUUAUGUGUUUUAAUCUUUUAGUUCCUAGCGUUUAACUGAUUUUAUUUAAAACAUUAUUUUAUGUGUUUUAAUCUUUUAGUUCCUAGCUCCAGUGUCUCUUCAUGCGUUCUUCCUCACCGGGACCCUCAGUACAAAGCCAUGACGAAAUGACAAAAUGCAAAACAAAACAACCAAGCACUGUCCUGUGUGUGUAUGUUUGUGUGUGGGUAGGUGGGUGGGUGGGUGUGCGUGUGUAAGUGAUCGUGUAUCUGUGUGUGGGCGUGGGAGGGAGGGUUUUUUUUUCUUAUUUUUAUCUUAUCAUUCUGUAAAGCACCUUGUGCUACUCCUAUGUAUGAAAAGUGCUAUACAAAUAAAAUAAAAUGAUUACAAAUGGGGCCCAGUCAACAUGAAAGUAAAAAGCAUCAGUGCUCAUGUAGAUGCCAACAGAAUACCAGCAGAAUCACUGUGUUUGCAGAACAAAACACAGCGAUAUCAUUAUAUUACCAAAUGUCAGCAAUAACUAAUAGCUAUUGACUGAUAUUAAAAGCUUUUUUGUAUAUACACCACAAAAAAGAUGCUUCUUUAACAAAAUCCUGCCUACCCCACCUUUAACUGGUCACAGUAAAUUGCCAACAGGUGGGUGCAUGACUUUAUUUUUCUGCUUAUUGUUCAUUGAUUAUUGUUUAUUUGGAUCCCCAUUAGCUUUUGUCAAGGCAAGACUAGUCUUCCUGGGGUCCGACACAGAAAAUAAAAACAUUACAUAUACAUUCAUUCAAUGACUAUACAAUCACUCAUCAAAAUAAUUCAAUAAAACUAAGAAAUGGGGAUGUUACAAGGGAAUAAAUAAAGGAAUCAAUUUGAAAUGAAGGGUUGAAGGUUUAUUUAUUUAGCACAUGCACAUUUUUGACGGUGCAAGGGGGGAAUGAAGCCAACUGGCUUGAACAUAAGUUCCACCCCUGUCACUAAUUAAAAAAGAACAAUUUCUAUGGCUACCAAAUAAACAUAGAGGGAAAAAAGGAGAUAAAUACAUAAUCAAGGUUAUAUGAGCAGCUAGAGAACAAAGUGAUCAGUAACAGAUAAAUACAAUAGAAACAAAUUAAAAAAAACUUAAAAUUGAAAUCAUAAAAAAAGGACAGAGUAAGGAUGUGGGAUAUGGAGAGGGCAGGAAAUUCAAGAAAAGUUAAGAUGCAUUUUUAGCUGCUUUUAAAGAGUGAAUAGGAGGAUAUGGAUCUUAGGGAAGGAGGUAGACCAGUCCACAGCAUGGGAUCUCUAUAGGAAAUAUUAAACUGAUGGUGUGAUGUGCGGGUAAAGAGUAUAUAUAAAGUGAGAUUAUUACUGUGUCUAGUGUGGUGAGAAUGUACUUAUAAGUGAAAGUAAAGAAAUUUUUGAAAAGUGGGAGAUCUUGGUUUCUGUAAAUAAACUUGUGAAUAAACAAACAAAUCUGAUAGUUACUUAGUUCGUGAAUUGGUAGAAGAGAAUACUUUGUAAUUAGUGGUGUUGACGGAGCAUAUCUGUUUAAAUGUGAGAUGAAUCAUAAGAACCUCUUCUGAAUAGAACAUAAUUUCUUGAGAUGCGUAGGAUAUGUAGCUGCCCAGACCAUACUACAAUAGUUCAAAUAAGGGAAAAAAACUAUGAUAUAAGGUUAAUGGGCAGAAAGAUGGAAUAAUGGACACACUUUUCUUAAUAUGCCCAUCAUCUUUGUUGAUCUUUUGCAAACAUGGUUUAUGUGUAAGUCCAAUGAAGUCUUUCGUCUGCUCAUAUUUCCAAGAGUAUGGGGGUCUUAACUUGGAUGAUUUCUGCUCCAUUAAUGUAUAAUUUUGCUUGCUUUUUGGGGUAAGACUUGGUGAUGUUGCAAAAGAUUACAAAGGUACAUUUCUUUACAUUGAGUGUUAAUUUGAGUGUAAAGUUGAAACCAUUUGGACAUACUAGAUAAAUCAUCGCUCACACAAUCAAUCAAAUAAUUGAAAUCAUUGUGAGUUGCAAUAAGAUUGGUGUCAUCAGCAAAUAAAACAGGAAGGAGAUGUUUACAGGAUAAAGCUAAGUCAUUUAUAUAAAUCAAAAAUAAUAAAGGGCCCAAGAUUGAGCCUUGAGUGACCAUUCAAGAAUACAUAAUGUUUUUUAUUUAAUAAAUCAUUUUUGAACCAAUUCAGGGCAAUAUCCUCCACACCAUAUCUAUUUAAUUUGGCAAUCAGAACACUGUGAUUGAAGGUAUCGAAAGCCUUGCUGAAGUCUAGAAAGACCCCAAGGGCAAACGUUCUCUGGUCCAUUGCAGUUAAAGUAAUAUUGUUUAACUGAAGUAAUGCAUGCUCAGUAGAAUGUUUUUUUACAUAAGCCAUGUCAUGUAAAAAAAUAUUUUUGUAGGUGCGUUAAUAUUCUUGAGUAAUCAAAUUUCUCCACUAAUUUAGAGAUGCAUGGCAGGUCGGAUAUAGGUUGAUAAUUUGUGUGUGACUCAGCCAUUGUUUUUCUUCAAUUGCUUCAAUGCAGAACUUCUGUUCAGCAGGUGGAAUAAUGAGUGAAACUUAUCAGCCAUUCCUUUUUUUUCAGGAUGGGUCCUGCUGGAGCUCAAUGGCUAAGACCUGGUCUAAGAAAAUGUGAGUGUAAAAAAACAACAACACACAUUUAACCCCCUGUAAACUAUGACAUUAGGUCCUCUGACGUCCCCUUCAAACCAUCAGGGACCAACAUAUUAAUCAGUGAUCCCCUCCACAACAUCCUGCAUUUGAAAUGUGACGUGUAUCCCAGAUCAAGGGUACAGUUACAGGAUGAAGCAAGAGAGGUUAAGCUUUAACUAGCAGUGUGUACAGGAGCUGAUGUAAACAGUAGUGCAAACUUGUCACCAUUCGGGUAUUUGCAGUUUUGGAUCCAAAAUAGGUAAUUUCUCUGAUUCAAGUAGAUCAACGAUAAAAAAAAAUAAGGGGGGGGGGGGGGGGGUAUCAAUCUGCUCUGAAAUACGUCUCCCAAGCUCAUUUGGUAAAGCUCCUUUUUUUCUUCUUUUUCUGUUAAUGAUGGCUGUGUCUCUGUUGGUUAAACUGCGCUGGUAAUGCUGCUGUUUGUCACCGUGUGCCGUGCCUUCUGCUGUGACAGCCUCUUCAGUGGCUCACUCUGUCCUUUAUGCUGUAACUCUGGUUUGGUGGCUGCUCUGUGGGGCGUGUAUAUAUAACUUCCAUACUAUGGGCUCUAUUUUCGUGCCUCGUCGGAGACGUGCCGCAGGCAUGGUGUAAGUCAGGUCCGCCGCGCUGACAAGGCGUUCCCAAGCACAAUUUGGUAUUUUGGUGGCGUAAGUAUCCCCCCUCCCUAACUCAGCUCCUCCUAGCGGCGUAAGUCGUAGCGAGGGAGGACAGAGGGCGUGGAGUGGGUUUAACACAGCCGAGACCUGUUUUCACCAAUCACAUAAGCUCCUCUCCUUGCCUUUAAAUCCGCCACCGGCGAGGCGUAUUACUAUUUUUUUUUAAGUAGUCAAAGAGAUCAAGAGAUUUCUGAAGACAGUAAUGCCACACGAUGGCGACAGAAGGCAGCUCCUCAACAAGUGUCACUGUAAGCGCUGCAUUGUGCGUCCUCCACACUCUCUCAUAUGAGCACAGAUGGAUUUGGUGUGUGUAAUGUUGUACCCACUGGUAAGACAAACACCCUUUUCCACAAAUAAAGACACUCACAUAAAGUUGCAUAUAUUCAAACCUCACGUGACAAAGGUGGGUUAAGCGCACAGAUCACAACAUAAACUCCAAAAAUAGCAUUAAAAUCAGAACCAUCUAUUCGUAAAUGGGCUCAUCACGCUCCGUGGGCUGGCUCUUUCUUUCAUAGAUGUUGGCAUACAAAAUAAAUUUGGCUCACAAAACUGAUUAUAAUAUCCGUAUGUAGGCUUAAAGUAGAUAACUCAUCUGGUCACUGAAACAAAUCAUCUGUUCAGCUGCAGCAGCACGGAAAGAGGACACGGAGACACGUCCAGGUCGAGCUGUGUGAGAAAUAAGAGGAAGAGGAAGAAAGAAAAGGAGGGAGACAAAUAUCUUGUUAACUUCAGCAUGUGUUUAUUUACUAGAUAUUUAAUUUAAUUUAAUUUAAUGCGGUUUCAGCUGUAUUGAUUUGGUCAAGGUGUGUCUCCAAAUGCGUGCCAAACGCACUCAUCAGAUCAGAUAUAGAUCAGAAUAUAUCUAUAUAGAUCUGAAUGUAUGUGCUGACUCAGAUUCAUAGUUGUUGAUGAUUAUUUAUUGCACUGAAAUGUGCCUGACACUGUGGAAACCUGCCUGUGAGGAUACGGUGACGUAUGCCGAUAAGCCGCGGGUCUACCAAAAUACCACUAGACCAGCUGCGCUUCGCCCGCACUGAAAGCUGACCAGGUUUGAAUUGGCGAGCUUUCAGCGCAAUUACACGCCACUGGCAAGCACAUAAAUGUCACUGCGCCCGCUGAUUCUGUCGACAGCUCCCCCUGCCACACCACCACGCCCAGCUUGGCGGAUCUCGGUUCGCCUCAGUUCACGAAAAUACCAAACUGGCUGUACGCCGGGCUCCGCCAGACGAAAAUACAACUGCGCGGGGUCCGCCACCCUCUGCCGCCUCACCGGCGGACACGAAAAUAGAGCCCUAUAUGUGUUUUACUGAGUGAAUCGUCUGAAAGGGAACGAAAUGUUAUGAAUAUAGUUCCUGAAGGAGAGGAACGAGGUAUAACACUGGGUUGCCCCACUGCACAGCUAGGCUCGGUGAAGAGCGGCUAUCGAACUGAAGGAUGACUGUGGUGUUGCACGUUUAUAUGUGCAGGUGGGGCCUCACAUACGUCACCACGGAUCAUCUGCCAUAAAGUCAUGGAUAAAUGUUUCUUCACUCAGGCCACGUGGGGUGUGAUAUCCCAUACAUAAUGCACUGUAUCUUGUUGCUCCUCCAGGCAACAGAAGUUAUAUUCAUAACUAAGGCUGUCAAAGUUAACGCGUUAUUGUCGCGUUAACUCGAGUGACUUUUAUCGCCACUAAUUUUUUUGACGCACGAUUAACGCAAGCCUUAGCCUGGCUUGACCAAACUAUACACACACUGCGUGGAUAUUCUUGCCGUUGUAAAAGGGUAGAGGAACAGUUGGUGAGCUAUGUGAGCCUCGGGGCACUCCGUAGUUUCGCGAAUCAGGAAGUAGAGCACUGACUGAUACCGCAGCAGACAUAAACAAAUUCACGUGAGCAGUAACUAGGAUAUAAUGGAUAAGAACACUAUUUUGAACGGAAAGUUCAGCUACAAAGCCUUGCCAGAUGGCUCUCUUGACAGGACAAAAGUCAUUUGUGUUUCCUGUCGAGCUGAAUUUAGUUACCACCGGAGUACGUGGAGUCUCAAAUAUCACUUGUCGGCCAAGUACACAGCUGAUGCAGAGAGGCCCCCCCCCCGCAUACUGAUCGCAUCCAAUGACUGGACAUAUGAAUUACCUUGUAGGACCACCAUUACCAUGAAAAUCCACGAUCUGUCCUCAUGUUGAUUCUUAUGUUGAUAAAAGUAUAACAAUUUGAAAAAGAUCGAUUUAGAAUGGAUCAAAAAUAUGCGAUCAAUUUGCGAUUAAUCAUGAUUAAUUAUGAUCACAAUUCAAUUAAUCGCGAUUAAAUAUUUUAAUCGAUUGACAGCCCUAUUCAUAACAUUUUGUUUUCACUGCUUCUGUAAAAGGUCUGAAUACCAAAGUCAUCUGUAAACUCAAAUUCUAAAGCGUAUAUUUUUUAAAAAUUUCUGGGGGGGCAUACCUCUGGACCGGAGUUCAGAUACUUGGCACCUUUUUCAUCCUUGAUGAGUUUGCACCCCUGUGUGAAUGAAAACCAUUUUCUCCUCUCCAUCAGAUGCCUGUGAGCUCACAUUUGACACCAACAGCAUGAGCAGAGAGAUCUUGGUGUGCAAUGACAACAAGAAGCUGAUACAUGUGGAGGAAGAGCAGCCGUACCCUGAUCACCCUGACAGGUUUGAGUUCUGUCCUCAGUUGCUGUGCCGAGACGGUCUGACCGGACGCUGUUACUGGGAGGUGGAGUGGAAGGGACAGGUUGACAUUUCAGUGUCUUACAAAAGUAUCAGCAGGACAGGACACAGGAACGACUGUGAGUUUGGGUGGAAUGAUCAGUCUUGGAGUCUGGAGUGCUCUGAUGGGGGUUACACAGUCUGGUUCAACAAUAACGGGGCAUCCAUCACCCUGUCCUCCAUGACUUCUGUCCCUAACAGGGCAGGAGUGUAUGUGGAUCACUCAGCUGGCGUUCUGUCCUUCUACAGCGUCUCCUCAGACAUACUAAGGCACAUCCACACCUUCUAUAACACCUUCACUGGACCUUUGUACCCAGGGUUUGGGUUCUGGUCUGAUCUGCCUGACUCCUCAGUGUCUCUGUGCCCUCUGCUCAAGGGGGACUCUCUUCCAGAGUGAGAAACUUCCUCACUCCCACCACAUAUUUUAUAUAUGGGCUGUUAGUCAGCAGCUACCUGAACCCUUAGUGGUUGGUUUGGUUCAGUGGUCUGAUCUUAGAGUCUCCUGUCAGUCAUUGGUAGCUUUAGUUACACACAUCCUGUAAUUAAUCCUGGUUGGUAUUCACCGGUCAAGCUGAACACCUCGUACUCAGGGUUUCUAACAUCACCGAGGGGUGCUAAAGCUACCUUUCUUUUCCUUUUCUGGUGAACUUGAGGAAGACAGCUGUUGACUUCCUCAACAAAAAUUCCGACAAUAAUGUUCAUUGAUGUCGAUGUUUUUAACUGAAGAAGAGUGACAAGAUGAUGAGCUAGAAAUAAAAUAAAUGAACAUUAAAAUAAAAACCAGCAAAGAAAUUCAGACAUCAGAACCAAAAAAAGGAAACACAAACAUUAAAAUAAAAAUUAAAAUUUCAACUUUUAUUUAACAUCGAAUUUUGACCUCUCUCUCUACGUUUUCACUAUCUUUACCAUCUUACCAUCUAACCAUCUCUACCAUCUUAAUUUUGGACAUAAAAAAAUUAAAAAAAACCUCCUCACAAUUAACAUGAACAUUAACACAAAUAUUAGGGCAACAUUCACUUCAGCAUGUUGUGAUUAAAAACGCAACAUAGUUAUAAGACAGCACUGAACAAACUCCACAGCAUAACACACAGGAGCAUAAAGAAGCACAGGGAAACACAAACAAAUAUGAAGGUGCAUAAAAUCAAUGUUGAUCACAUUUCCUGUGUUUUUAGGUGUCUUUUACACUUUCUGUCUUUAAUUUCAGAACAAACUUUGAAUUCUGCUCUUCAGAUUAUUUUCACGUGCAGAGCUACAAUAAACUGAAAUAUUUAAAGGGGCCAUGGCAUGAAAAACUGACUUUGUUAACGGGAGGGGGCUGCAUAUCAGGGAUAGAAAACCGCUACAAUCCCCCCAAGUUCGAAAAAAUUCCAUCCAGUUGUUUUUUUGUUAUCUCCGUAUUUAGGAACUGUGUGCUCAGAGCCGGCCGUUCUGAAAACUCCACUGACAUGACGUCAUGUCAGUGCUGGCGGGUUGAUGGUACUGCCCAUGGAGCCGCCCAUUGCCCUGCCCAAAAAAUUAUCAAAACAGCGCCAUUAUUCCCGGCCGCUCGCUCGCAAUGCUCCGGUUAGAACCAUGGCGAAAGUACGAUCUGAAAAAGAGGCAGCGUUUGCUCUGUUGUUGGCUGCACAAACGAGCACAAAACUCCUCCUCGUCGGAGGAUUUGAGGACUCAAUGGGUGGAUUUUAUUUUUGAUGGGAAUGUACCCGCUGCAGUUCCAAAAUAUCUGUGGUAUGUGCGCACCAUUUCACUUCGGACUGUUUUAUCAACAAGGGACAGUUCAACGCUGGAUUUGCUAGAUGUCUGAAGAUAAAGAAUGGAUCCGUACCAACUAUCCGUGAUCCUACUACAAACGUGGCAUCUGUAAGUGUGAACGUUUUAUUUUGACUUACUGUUUAGCCUAAAUUCCCCCUGGUGCCUCAGCACGGCCACCACGCUUUGAUAAACACACUGGAUCCGCGCCGGUUUACCGGAUCCUCCCGUAUUUUCUCAGCUCGCACCUUCCCCAACAACUCCGCCGGCGGGGGACAAAAUCCCCCCCUGGAGCAGCAUGUUGCUUUAGCAUUUACCCGUGCGGCGACGCGCCUCUUUUGGCUUAAAUACAGGACGUCCCGGCUAAUGCUGGACGGUCGGCCAUCAUAUCGUCCUCCUGAAGCGUGACCCUCCAGGCGGCUUUGAAUAAUAUAUAGGAUGUGUCGACUAGGUCGCUUCAAGUCGCGUUUGGUCUGAACGCGGCUAAGAGUUUCUUCCAGAGCCUCUCCCUCUGGGUCAGACUCUGGCUCAAACUGGUAGGGUUGUACGAGCGAUCUUCUUGCAGCCAUGACCGAGCCAGUGUAAACAUUAGCACAUGGCUAUCGGAACACAGCCACAGCCCCUUCCAGAGAGAUGGGUGUAAAGUGGACGUGGCUUAGGUGCAGCUCAUUUCAUUAAAGAGACAUGGCCCAAAACGGAGGAUUUUGAGCGGAGCUGUUUUUAGCUGAUAAAAAGAGCACUAAAAUAAUUGAUCCAAAUCGAAUUUUGACCGACGGACGUCACUGAAAUGCUUUUAACACACCAGGGGACUAUUUUAAGUUGUGUGAAAUUGGCAUGCCAUGGGACCUUUAAGACAUGUGUACAGAGGCACACAAAAUAUAAAUGUUUUAUUAUAUUUGAAGGUUUUCUUUAUUUUACUUUGUUAAAUGUUAAAUUGAUUGUGCACACAGAUAUGCAUACUUAUACUGAACCUCACUAUUACACAAGUUCACUUUUAAAGUGUUUUUAUGUUUAUAUACAAACUUUGUUGAUUUCUAACUGACCAACAUAUUUCUCUGUAGGUAAUUGAAUGACAAGUAAAAUACACCCUGAGGGCUCUAUUUUCGUGUCUGCCGGUGAGACGGCAAAAGGUGGCGGACCCCGCGCAGUGGUAUUUUUGUCUGGCGGAGCCCGGCGUACAGCAAGUUUGGUAUUUUCGUUGACUGAGGCACACCGAGGUCCGCCAAGCUGGGCGUGGUUGGUGUGGCAGGGGGAGGUGUCGACAGAAUCAGCAGCCGCAGUGACAUUUUUCGUGCUCACUGGUGGCGCAUAAAGUGCGCUGAAAGCUUGCCGAUUCAGACCUGGUCAGCUUUCAGCGCAGGCGGAGUGCAGCUGGUCUAGUGGUUUUUCGGUAGACUGGCGGCGUAUCGGCAUACGUCACUGAUGCCUCAUUGGCAAGUUUCCACAGUGUCAGGCACAUUUCAGUGCAAUAAACAAUCAUCAACAACUAAUAAUCUGAGUCAGCACAUACAUUUAGAUCUAUAUCGAUAUAUUCUGAUCUAUAUCUGAUCUGAUGAGCGCGUUUGGCACGCACUUAGACACACAACCUGACCAAAUUAACACUGCUGAAACCGCAUUAAAAUAAAUUAAAUAUCUAGUAAAUAGACACAUGAUGAAGUUAACAAGAUAUGUAAUUCGUCUCCCUCCUUUUCUUCUUCCUCUUCCUCCCAUUUCUCUUACAGCUUGACCUGGACAUGUCUCCAUGUCCUCUCCCCAUCCUUCUGCAGCUGCUGCUGCGGCGGCUGAACAGAUGAUUUGUUUCAGUGAUCAGAUGAGUUAUUUACUUUAAGCCUACAUACAAAUAUUCAGCUUUGUGAGCCAAAUUUAUUUUAUAUGCCAACAUCUAUGAAAGAAAGAGCCAGGCCACGGAGCACGAUGUGUCCUUUAAGUACAGAUGGUUCUGAUUUUAAUGCCAUUAGUGGAAUUUAUGAUAUGAUCUCUGCGCACAACCCACGUUUGUCACGUGAGGUUUGAAUAUGUGCAACUUUACGUGAGUGUCUUUAUUUGUGGAAAGGGUUUUGUCUUAUUAGUGGGUCCAACACACCAAAUCCAUCUGUGCUGAUAUGAGAGAGUGUGAAGGACGCCCUCUGCGGCGUUUACAGCGACACUUGUUGAGGAGCUGCCUUCUGUCGCCAUCGUGUGGCAUUACUGUCUUCAGACAUCUCUUGAUCUCUUUGACUGUUUCAUGAAAAUAGUAGUACGCCUCGCCGGUUGCAGAUUUAAAGGCAAGGAGAGGAGCUGAUGUUAUUGGUCAAUACAGGUCCUGUAAACCUCUCUCCUCCCUCGCUACGACUUACGCCGCUGGGAGGAGCUGAGUUAGGGAGGGGGGAUACUUACGCCGGGCUGCGCCUCUUACCAAAAUACCAAAUUGUGCUUGGGACCUGACUUACACCGCGCCUGUGCCACGUCUCUGGCGAAGCACGAAAAUAGAGCCCUGAGUCUGUCUUUGAAUCGUUUAUAAAUAAAGUUUUAUUUCUGUGACUGAAAUCUGCUCCAUUCACUUCUACUGAGACAGAUCAUUAGUCUAGUGCUGCGUCCGAAUUGCCCGCUCAGAUACUCCAUGCUACUGCUACAUACUACUGCUAGAUCCUACUCCUACAUACUAAACACGUUGGCCCAAUUCGGACACACUAGACGAGCGGUGGGGAAAGACGACCCCCGCAGGCAGAGAGUAGGUACUGCCCCCGUUUUAGACUCUGAAUGGUAAUUGUGCAAGUGAUGGAUGCUGCUGUAUUAUAUUCCUGCACUGCUUUAGAAAUUCACAAAGUAGCUUUUCCAUGACUUUUAGCCUUCAUUCACUCACGUGGUGCUCGUUUGUUCAAUGAGAUCUGCCUGAUUACUGCAGCUGUGCAGUUUAAUGAUGGAAUAAGUGAGCUUCACCUCCAUGAUGUCGCCACAUAUUUGCUCAUAAAAUGAUUACUUGGGCAAAUAUGACACCAUGACAUGACAAAGAGAUACAAUCGCACAUUUUUAGGACAGUGUGUGAAGUUACAUUAAAAUUACAUCUGUACUGCUGCGGUCCCGCCUGCUGCUGCUGCUGCUGCUGCUGCUGCUGCUCCGUCAUGGUGCGCGCUGCUGUGGCCAGCCGGCGUUCGCGACACAUUUAAAUAGGCAGAGCAGCUGGUGGCGCUAGCAUCACAUGAGCUUCUACAACUUUUAAGCGGACGAAGAAGAAGCCUGCGGUGCAUUUUGGGUCAGUAGCAUGCCCGUAGGAUGCACCGAGACCAACCUACAAUGUGGGCGUGUCUAGUAUCUGAAGUAGUAUCUGAAGUAGCAUGCUACUCGCUCCGGUGGCCAAUUCAGACAUGCUAGAUAUUACUUCGACUACUACUUCGACUACUACUUGGCAAUUCGGACGCAGCUUAGGUCAUAUAUGUCAAACUCAAGGCCCGCGGGCUAGGUCUGGCCCGUGAUGUAGUUAUCUUUGGCCCGCAUGAUAAUGUUUGAUCACUACUGACCUGGUCCAGACGUGCUGCUAAUACACUACUAAUCCCACAAUGCACUGCCAACGUGUUCGCACAUUAUUCGAGAGCCCAUGAGCAUGAGUUGUCAUUAUAAAACAGUGCAGCGCAUUAGUGCUCUCUGCUGCUUUGCCCCGCUGCUCAGUUCUCAGCAAAGCCACUGAUGUGAUGCAUGCAUGCACUGUCUGCUUGUGAGCAAAAAUAGAAGGGAAAAAUAUUUGUAUGUGACCAAUAAUUUUGUUGAGGAGAUAUGCUUUAGAUAAAUGAAUAUAUUGUUUAUAAACGCAACUUUGUGUGAGUUUUUUUUUUAGAAUCAGAGGCCUGUUUAAGUGUCUUUUUGGUAAUUCAAAAUAUACGUUUGAGAUGGAAGGGGUUAAAAAAAAACAUCAGCCUGACCCAAAAAACCCUCAAAAUUUAGUGUUUUCUUUUUGGGGAUUCAGAGUAUGGUCACCCUAAUACAACGUAAGAGGACACUAUGCAACAAAACAUCAAGACAGGUAAUAUCUGGACAUGCAAAAAAAGGCAGCAAAAGGCUGCUACAGGACAUUUUUGAUUUUUCUUACAGGGAAAUAGUUUUUUGGAUGUUGUUAGCCUGUAGAAAAAUGUUGACAGUAAGAAAUUAAUCCAAAGAAGCUGCAGAAAGAGCUUUAGAAAAUAAAUACAAGUGAUUUUUCUUCAAUUUAAUGUUUAAUGUUGUUGUUUUUAGGUACAAACUGUCUUAAAAGCUUUGUCAGUUCCAGGUUCAUGUACCGACUACUGUGCAUCACAAAGUGGCAAACUGAGCUUUGACACAUGCCUCAUUUUUGCACUUUGUUUUCUUGCUGCUACAGAGGCUUCAUUUUUCUUCAAAUUAUUUUUUUGCACAUUGUUAGCCUGUGGGAAAAUGUUUUCAUUAGGAAUUUAUAUGAAAAGCUCCAGAUAAAAAGUGAAUCCACCUGAUUUUUAAAAUAUAUUUUAUGAUUAAUGUUGUAAUAUGGUUUGAAAGCUUUGUUAAUUUCAGGUUCAAUUCAUGCAACAAGGUCAUUUGUUCUCAAUAAACAGUCUGACUGAACUGAUGCCUAAUAGUAUAUACAGUGCCAUGAGAAAGUUUGGGCACCCUUGACAAAUCCCAGUAUUUUCAUUCAUCAAUCAUUGGGUGUUUGAUUCCACAACUUACUUUUGAUAUAUGAAAUAACUCAUAGACCCAAUAAUAUUUCAGCAUUGAAGUAAAGUUUAUUGGGCUAACAGAAAAUGUGCAAUAUGCACCAAAGUAAAAAUAGGCCCAUGCAUAAAUUUGGGCACCUUAACAGAAACAUCACAUCAAUAUUUAGUAGAGCCUCCUUUUGCAGAAAUCACAGCCUCUAGACGCUUUCUAUAGCCACUAAUGAGUGUCUGGAUCCUGGAUAAAGGCAUCUUGGCCCACUCCUCCUUGCAAAACAGCUCUAAUUCAUUGAGGUUUGAAGGUCCACGAGCAUGGACGGCUUGCUUCAACUCAUCCCACAGAUUUUCAAUGAUAUUCAAAUCUGGGGACUGGGAUGGCCAUUCUAAAACACUGUACUUGUUCCUCUGCAUGUAUGCCCGAGUGGAUUUUGAACAAUGUUUAGGGUCAUUGUCUUGUUGAAACAAACAUCCCCGGCGCAACUUCAGCUUUGUGACGGACUCCUGCACAUUAUUUUCAAGAAUUUGCUGAUACUGAGUGGAAUCCAUGCGACCGUCAAUUUUAACAAGGUUCCCAGUACCAGUACUCGCCACACAGCCCCACAACAUGAUGGAACCUCCACCAAAUUUCACUGUGGGUAGCAGAUGUUUUUCUUGGAAUUCUGUGUUCUUUUUUCGCCAUGUGUAUCGCCUCUUGUUGUGACCAAAUAAUUCGAUUUUUGUUUCGUCAGUCCACAGGAUCUUAUUCCAAAAGGAUGCUGGCUUGUCCAAAUGUGCUUUUGCAUAGUUCAAGCGACUCAAUUUGUGGCGACUGUGAAGAAAGGGCUUCUUACGCAUCACUCUGCCAUACAGCAUUUCCUUAUGCAAAUUGCGCUGUAUUGUUGACCUGUGCACAGUGACCCCAUCUGCAGCUAGAUCACUCUGCAAGUCUCUGGUGGUGGUCUGUGGGUUGUCUUUAACCAUUCUCACCAUCCUUCGUCUUUGCCUCGCUGAAAUUUUACUUGGCCUACCACUUCUGGCCUUGACAAGGACUGUGCCUGUGGCUUUCCACUUUCUUACAAUGUUCCUCACGGUAAACACUGACAGCUGAAAUCUUUUGGAAAGUUUUUUGUAGCCUUCCCCUAAACCAUACUGCUGGAUAAUCUUGGUUUUGAGGUCAUUUGAAAGUUGUUUUGAGGCCCCCAUCUUGCAGCUCUUCAGAGGAGAGUCAAAGAGAAAAAGAACUGGCAUUUGGUCACCUUAAAUAGCCUUUGUCAUGAUUGGAUGCACCUGCCUAUUAAGUUCAAGGCUCAAUGAGCUCACCUGACCAACUUGGUGUUUCCAAUUACUCUGUGAUGAUUAGUUACAGGUCUUCAAAGCAAGAAAAUGUCAAGGGUUCCCACAUUUUUGCACAGCCUAUUUUUCACAUUUGAUUUAAUUUCAUACAAAAGAAUACCACCAAUACUUAAAAUCAGAGUCUGCAAAACAACCCAACACUUGGCUCUGAUGGGCAAAUGAAGGACAUGACACUAGGAUUAUUUUCUGUGGAGACAGAGUCAAUUAUUAUACAACCUCAGACAGGGUGCCCAAACUUUCUCAUGGCACUGUAACUCUGAUUUUGUGUGUGUGUGUGUGUGUGUGUGUGUGUGUGUGUGUGUGUGUGUGUGUGUGUGUGUGUGUGUGUGUGUGUGUGUGUGUGUGUGUGUGUGUGUGUGCAGACAGACAUCAUCAUGGAUAUAAGAUAGUUUUUCAGAAAAAAAAGAGCCAGGUGCAGGUAAGAGUGUCUGAUCACAUGGUAUCUCCUGGUCGGAACCAAGUCCACUCUCUCCAAAGCUGACAGUUUCUCCCUCUACAUAGACAACUCCACAGUGUCCCCUUCCCCUCAGGUUAAGAGUCUGGGUGUCAUCCUCGACAGCUCACUAUCUUUCCACUCUCUCAUCAGUAACAUCACCCGGUCUGCAUACUUCCAUCUACGUAACAUCAACCGUCUCCGCCCGUCACUCACUCCUCACACCACUGCAACUCACUCCUCCUCGGUGCCCCUCACAAAUCCCUUUAUAAACUUCAACUUGUCCAAAACUCUGCAGCCCAUAUCAUCACUAGAACCCCCUCCUCUCACCACAUAACCCCUGUCCUUCAGCAGCUUCACUGGCUUCCUAUCAGGUCCAGAAUCCACUAUAAAAUCAUACUGUACACUUUCAAGGCCAUUCAUAACCUUGCCCCCCCUUACCUCUCCGAUCUCCUCCACAUUGCCACCCCCUCACGCUCCCUCAGAUCCUCCUCCUCCCUCCACCUUUCUGUCCCCUCUGCCCGGCUCAGCACCAUGGGGAGCAGGGCUUUCAGUCGCUCUGCUCCCAAACUCUGGAACUCUCUCCCCCCGGAUCUCAGAAACAUAGACUCACUACCCCACUUCAAAUCAAAACUCAAAACACAUCUGUUUCAAAUUGCAUAUGCUCUUUAACUGUCCAUCUUCAUACCUGUGUGUUGUUUUUAUUUAUUUUAAUUGUGUUUUAACUGUGUUUUUAAUGCCCUGUACAGUGUCCUUGAGGGUCCAGAAAGGCGCUUUUAAAUAAAAUGUAUCAUUAUUAUUAUUAUUAUUAUUAUUAUAACUUGAUUUCCCACAGCAACCAAAUAUUUUUAAAUGAUUCGAGUUGGAUUGUUAUUCGUAUUUUUUUUUUUCAAAUGAAUGUAAUUUUUCAUCUAGUUGAAUACAAUAUUUGUGUAUGAUUGACAGUGCAGAGAGGGAGUAUAGAAUCAGGUAAGAAAAACAUAUAGAGAAUAAGUAACUGUUAAACUGAGAAAGAUAAACAUUCCACUCACAAUAUGAUUUUGCACAUACGGUACAUCAUGGAAGUUAUCGCCACAUUUAAUGCUUUCCAGAAGCACACGUACACUGAACACACGCCAGUGCACUUCAUACUAAACAGGACUUUUUUUUUACAUUUUCCUAAUCAACUAUGUAUUCUUUACUAUUUGCUUAAUUUUACUUUAAAAGAAGGAGGAGAACAGGGAGAGUGUCUGGAUGAUGAGAGACAGCAAACCAGAGGAGGACAUGAAGUGAGCCAUUGAGGACAUUGGAGGACAUUGAUAAAGCCAAUUUUUGUUAAUGUGUUUUAUAUGUUCUGCAUUCCAUUGCAUUUCAAAUUAAAGUCCAAUAAUAAGACAAAGGUCCAUCUUUGGUAUUCUUAGUACUCACUAUAGGGGGGCUGUUUGACUCCAGAAACAUACAUAUGUACUGUUUAUGUGUAUGUGUAUCUAUAUGUGUUGAGGAGCUGCUGUAUCAAAAUGAGUUGUCUUCCUCCAGAGCUACAUACAUUUGUCCAUACAGGUUCAGGAAUAAAGUCUGCUUUAAUCGAUGAUUCCAAUCCAUUCAUCUUUUGCUGUAGCUCAGCAUUUAAAUAACUUUUUUGAGAUUUGUUGGUUUAGUCAGACUGAUCCUCUAUGUGUUAUGCCUUUCUUUUAGAAAUGUGGAAAUGAUGGUCCAAAAUUGCGUUAAAAUGUAAAAAAUUGUGAAAUUUAUCUUGGCCAGCACUUUAGGUGCUCAACAACCCUAGAGCUCUGAUCCUAUAAUUGCCCCUGUCCACUUCUCUAUGUUCAUCAUCAUGAAUGACCCUAAAUGUAAUUUCUCCAAAUUCUAGUGUGGCAAGGCGAGCAGUAAGAUUUUAACAAUUUCAACAACGCCACCUGGGGACUUGCACCCCUGGAUAUAAAUAAGGAAAUAUUACCCAAGGCACGCAGUUCAACUUAGUCCACAGGACAAGAGACAGUGAUUUCAAAAAGUUCAAAUGUUUUUUUUAUUAGACAAAAUCAUUAAAACAAGCAGAAACAACUCAACAGUGGUAUGAGGGCCUGUAAAAGAAAGAAAACACGACAGGGCUGGGGCUUACCAGGACAGCGGUAACAAUAAGGAGAAAGGAUCCAAAAACUAUGUUGCUUUGCUGUCACCCGUGAGACAGCAAAGCAAACGUGAAAACAGGAACCACCACCAGGGGACUGCUGCCACUCGGGGCCCACAGCACCUGUCAAAGAAAAAGAAACACACAAUUAAAAUCAGGCAAUAAUGAAAACCCUCACACCACUGUAAAGAAACAAAAAUAAUACUUAAACACUUACCCAAAUCACACUCACCAAUUAACAAAUCAUCAAAAUCAGACACAAUUAAUGCAGAAACAAUGAAAUAAGAAAAAAAACCCAACUCGAGCUUAAUAAUAAUUCAGAAGGAAAGAAGUAAAGGAAAAGGAAUAAACCAAACUAAUGAAUUGAUGCCGCACGGUCUCUCCACAACCACUCAGCAGCCGACCCUUGCCUCCGGAGAGGUAGGGCACCGGGAGUCCCGGUGAGCCAACAACAUGGCUGCAGCCUGCAGAGACGCCAGCAGAACAAGCCCAAAGCGAGAGCCAAAAGCGAAGAGCGAAGAGCCGAGAGUGCCAAGACAGCAGCACAGCGGCACUGUAAAAUAAACUAAUUAACUAAUUAACCCCGAACCCAGAAAAAGAUACAAAUGAAUCAAAACUAUAGAUUAAAGCGUUCCUACUGGAGGGCAGGAUUGACCAUCGGGUGACAGGCGGAGGACGCGCACCGCCCCGACUUCGUCAGUGAAGGCUGGGAGAGAAGAUUUUGUCCGUACCCUCACCAAACCAUCGCAGCCUAAUAUUGCAGAUAGAUGAGCACCUUAUCCACGAGAAGCGCACCGCGCCCACACAGACUCCGGGAGACAGCCCAGCUCCCGGUCACACCACACUGCUGCAGCAGAGCGAGACCAAAGUCAACCACUGUAUAAAAUAACUGAAUGGAUCGAGCCAGAUCACAGAUCAUGCUUAUCUGAUUGUGCAGCCCGACACCACUCCAUGCCACACAGGCAGGAUGCCAGCUGCCACCACACACUCAGAAGGAACAAGAGGUGCUUCAUUUGAGCAACUUUAUUUACCUUGUCAGUUUUACAGUUUAGGUAACCAUAGUCAUGUGUCUUAAAGAUUCACUUUGGCAUUAGCAGGAAUGUCUAUGUUGCUUCACAAUGUGGGCUGUGAAUUGAUGCUUCAGCAUUUAAAAAGUUGGCACAUUUCAAACCAUAAGCAAUGUCAAACUUUUACAAAACUAAAUUAAUUUGUGUUCAUUUCAGUCUCAAGAAUUAGUUCUUAUUUAUACCUUUUAAACCUUUUUUUUGCUCAUUUAGGCUCCUUUUACGGGAAAGGAGAAGACCAUGGCUGCUCCUGAGUCUGACCUUCAAGCUAUCCAGCAAAAGAGGCGGAGAAUCUCGUAAGUUGGAGUGCCAGUGACUUGUUACACCUCCUCACGUCUUCCUCCUGACAUGAGUCAUUGUAAAAUGCUAAGCAUGCACUCAAAUAAAGAGCAAAACUGGUCUGACACAAUGGGCUCUAUUUUUGUGCCCCCUGGCGGCGCGGCGGAGGGUGGCGCACCCCACGCAGUGGUAUUUUCGUCUGGCAAAGCCCGGCACACAGCCAGUUUGGUAUUUUCGUAGGCUGAGGCAUACUGAGGUGCGCCAAGCUGGGCGUGGUGGUGCGGUAGGGGGAGAUGUCGACAGAAUCAGCUGGCGCAGUGACAUUUUUGUGCUCACCGGCAGCAUGGAAAAUGCGCUGAAAGCUCACCAAUUCAAACCUGGUCAGCUUUUAGUGCAGACGGAUCGAGCUGGUCUUGUGGUAUUUUAGCAGUCCGGUGGCGUAGUGCGCAUACAUGACUGAUGCCUCACAGGCAGUUUCCACAUGUGUCAGGCACAUUUCAGUGCAAUAAAUAAUCAACAACAACCAAUAUUCAGUGCAGCUAUUUGAGUCAGCACUUACAUUUAGAUCUAUAUUAUAUAUACACUCACCGGCCACUUUAUUAGGUACACCUGUCCAACUGCUCGUUAACACUUAAUUUCUAAUCAGCCAAUCACAUGGCGGCAACUUAGUGCAUUUAGGCAUGUAGACAUGGUCAAGACAAUCUCCUGCAGUUCAAACCGAGCAUCAGUAUGGGGAAGAAAGGUGAUUUGAGUGACUUUGAACGU